GAAACGAGCAGAAACCGGAAACGUACGGGGCCGGUGCUCGUACGUCACAAUGAAUUUUCGGGCUGGAUAGCCCGUAGAGGAAACAUACUCGCAUGAACAUCAUCGGCGAGAAACCUCUUUGAGACACGGUGGUGGUCAGAGCGAGGUGACGAGUCAUGUCACAUACACCACCGAAGAGCGCGAGUCCAGCCGGCAGCCGGGGUAGCCCUAGCAGCCCGAGCACGCCACGUGGAGGCCGUCUCCGCGAUAGGGUCAAUUUCUUCAUCGAGCUGUUCGAGGAUAAAGAGGCUAGACGAAAUGCCGGACAAUUUAGAUCGCCGACGAAUCCCAGACCCUCGUCCGGACCUUCUUCGCGACCAUCCUCCAGAGCCAGCGAUUCGUCGUUCGAGGAGAGCUUCGAACGAUUGGUGGAAGAAGGCGAAUUGAACGGCUCGAAGGUGGUAAAAUUUGAGAAGAUCACGGUGCGAAAGAGCGUGAAAGAGAUCGGCAGCGGUGUGUCUAGCUCGCAACAACGAGGUUCACUCGCGGAAUCGAGCAGAACACCGAGCGAGGAACACGCCCUCGAGGACUCGGCUUAUCAGAGUCAUAGCCACGGUGCUGCGAAUUAUGGAAGUAAAUCCAGCUCGGUCACGUCGUUCACGAGAUUUCCAUCCGAAGAGAGUUUGUCGCAUAAGAAGGGCAGUAGCCCUCAGCAUCAUCUGGGCCUGGACGAUCGAACGCCGUCCGAGUGGUACGCGGAAUAUCGUACUCAGAGCUUCCAGAACGUCGCCACCAGGAUCGAAUAUGUGCGCAGUAAGAGCGAGUACGAUGCACACAUCGCCGAGAUUAAAGACGAGCAAGAACGCGUACAGAAGAAAACUUUUGUCAACUGGAUCAAUUCUUACCUUUCUAAGAGAAGUCCACCGCUUCGAGUGGACGAUUUGAUCGAGGACCUGAAAGAUGGUACCCGCCUACUCGCAUUGCUUGAAGUUUUGUCCGGCGAGAAGCUGCCGGUGGAAAGGGGCCGGAACCUGAAGAGACCGCAUUUUCUUAGCAACGCAAACACAGCGCUUCAAUUCUUACAGAGCAAAAAGAUCAAGCUAGUGAACAUAAAUUCGUCCGAUUUGGUAGACGGACGACCGCCCGUAGUGUUAGGCCUGAUAUGGACCAUCAUUCUUUACUUCCAGAUCGAGGAAAAUACCAGAGCUUUGGAAUACCUUGGACAUACGUGGGGUAGUCAGAGCAGUUUAGAGAGUCUUAGUACCCAAGGAUCCGCGAGAGGGACCAGCGAGGGGAAACGCUUCAGUAGCGAGAAAUGGAAGCAGGGUGCGAGGAAGACUCUGCUUCAGUGGGUCACCAAUGCUCUGCCAAAGGACAUCCAAGUGCGUGACUUCGGCGAAAGCUGGCGUGACGGCAACGCCUUCCUGGCCAUCAUCGACGCUAUCAAGGCGAACUUGGUGAACAUCGCGGCCAUGAGAGAAGCAACGAACAGAGCUCGUCUAGCAACGGCGUUCGACGUGGCCGAAUCCGAGUUGGGUAUCGCCAGACUUCUCGAUCCCGAGGACGUCGACGUUCCCCAACCUGAUGAAAAAUCUAUCAUGACAUACGUGGCUCAGUUUUUACACAAAUAUCCGGAACCAGGAUCCACUGCUUCCGAUUCGUUCGCGGCUGUACAGCAGGAGUAUGAUAAUCUGCUUGGUUGGCUGUACGAAAGGCUGAAAUACCUGGAACAGAUGGGUAGCUCCCCGUUGAGUUAUGAUGAGUACGCCGCGUUGAAAGCAGAAGUCGAGCAACAGAGGGUUGUGUACAAUAAGCUACAGCGUCUCGUCGAGACGCCUAGUAUGAUCAGCAUCACGCGGGACUCAUGGAAGCACGUGCAGGAUCUAUGGAAGACCCUGGAGAUGCUGAUGUUACGCUGGCUCUGGCUCCUAGACUCCUAUUUGCCAGGUGAAUUAGGGGUCGUAGGAAGGUGGCUGUGUCGCGCAGAGGACCUUCUGCUAUCCGACAAUGACAUCCCCGAGGAAAUGACAGAAGAAACCGCCAACAUAAUCUCGAAUAAGCUCGAGGAACACAAAAAGUUUUUCCUCGAUCUUCCGUCCAUGACGGAACGAUUUCAAGCGGCGAGAAGUAGCGAGGCCGCGUUGAAAGUACAUCCUCAACAAUUGAACGAAAUGGCGACCCGAUUGGAUAGCCUACCGAGUCGAGCCGCCAAACGUAGAAUCCGACUAAAGUUCCUGGAGCAUAAGUGCUGCCUUAUUGCUUUCUUGUUCCUAGUUGAAACAAAGUUGAAGAGUUGGAGCGUGAAAUACGAUACUGAAGAGAGUGUGCACCAGAUGCUGGAGCAAUAUAGAAACUUCGUAUCGCGAAACAGAAUUUUCCAGGAGUUCCAGAAAGCCUACCUGGACAUGCAACAAGUCGUCGAGGACUAUAAACGCGAAGGUGACGUAGACACUGAAGAAAGCGCGAGCAUCGAUCGUUUCAUGCGAGAGACCAGCGACAAGUGGAAAAGCGUGUCCAUGGAUCUGCGUUGCGUGCAAAGCAUGCUUGAGGAAGUGGUAGCUUAUUGGCGUCGCUGGAACAUAAUCUCCGAUGAGUUCGUGACUUGGUUGAACCGUGCUGAACCUGCCUUGAACCUUCCCGAAGAGGACAAAAUGGAAUUCUUCCAAGAUAUCAGCGUGUGGAAAGACAAACACCAACAAUUGUCGGACACAGUGACGUUCUUAAUCGCCACAUCCGACGAACCAGUCGCCUUGCAAUUGAAGCAACGUUACACGAGUCUCGCUUCUAGAUGGGAUUCGCUGUUCCAGGAAGCGAAGCAGUACAUGCACGCUGGAGACGUGAUACGAAAUAGAAAAGACUACAGACAGGGCGUGGAAACUUUACAAAAGUGGCUGAGGAACGUUGAAUUGGCGUUAUCAGCUACUGAUCUAACCUCAACCGAGAAGAUCAAGGCCUACGGUGAGAAGCUGCAAGUCUUCCAUAACGAAGUAGAAGGAAUCGAAGAUCUUUUCAAGAGUAUCAGCAAAAAGUUCCAGUCACUCAUUCAAGAUUUAUCUCGAGACGAAGUGGACAAAAUGAUGAACACCCUGAAGAAAGAGAAGGAGGCGCUGGUUAAAGUAAGAGCCUUAAUACCGAUGCAGUUGCACCUGUACCAUCAACUUCUGGUUCAGCAGGAGUCUCUAGAAGCUGGCCAGAAGGAAAUAGCUACCUGGUUGGACGAAGCAGAGAGAAUGUUGACCAACGUCGACUUAUCAGGUGGUAGAGAGCAUAUUUUGGCCCAGUUGGAGCGGCACAAAGCCUUCUUCUCGAGAACUCUCUACUACAAAUCCAUGCUGGAGUCUAAGAACAAAGUGUUCUCCAGUAUAGUGAAGUCUGUGGACAGUCACGCGGAUGUAGCUACUGCGGAAGGUGGCAGAACCUUGAGAGAAUUGAACGAACGGUUCAAUCGAGUGUCUCAGGCGGCCCAGGCAUUGGAACAACGGCUUCAGGAAGCUGUUAGGUGCUGGACCAGGUUCAAAGAAUGCGAACGACAGGUCUGUGAGUGGCUGUCGGUCGCUGAAACCAUGAUGAAUGACAAACAUACCGAUAAUAGACGAUCUAUAGAGUAUCACAAGAACUUCUUUAGCAAUGUAAAUGAGAAGUGGAUCCAAGACUUUGUGAACGCUGGACAAGACUUGAAGAAUAUUCUGCCUGCUGAGAAGCAAGCUCCUAUUUUGGAAGCUGUCGAAGCACUUCAGAAACGUUGGAAGGAGGUGUUGACGUUCGCUCCUCUUCAUUUAAUGAGACUCGAGUUUCGCCUGGAUGAAACCACGUUCCUGCAGUACCUGAAGGAGAUCGAGGUGGAGGUGAAUUCGGAACAGCAGGCUUUGAUGAAGAAUGACAAUGUUGAGAAUAUACUGCAGAGGAAUAAAGAGUUUUUCGUGAACCGUGGUACAGUUCUGGAAGUAGAGAAGUGUCUGCAGACUUUGAAGAAGAUCAGCAAUGCUUAUAGCCAGCUGAUACCUAACGAUACUAGCUUGUCCGAGGCUGCGCAACAUGCUGAACGCCUGUGGGAGGAUUCCGCUCAGAGAGUGGAACGUUUGAGGGAACAAUUGAAACAAGUGCCUGAGCAGUGGGCUGCCUAUAAGAAAAAAUUUGACGAGAUGGUACGAUGGAUGGACCAUGUAGACAGUAACCUGGCGACUAUUCUGCACGAGGUGAAUACGCUGGAGGAGUUCGAAACAGAAAAAACGGUAUUCCAGAAAAUAUGUAGAGAAGCAGACAGCAAGCGGGAAGAGAUGAAAUGGUUGGUGCAAACCUUGGAUAGCCUGACUUCCAAUCGUUCAGAUCACGAAGCCCUUUCAGAGCAGAACCGUCUGGAACAGUUGAUUACUCGUUAUAAGAACCUCAUACCAACCAUAGAAAUCACCAUGACGAAAACCGAUAUCUAUUCAAAAAGCUACACGUACAGAAAAGAAGUGCGCGAGGUGUGCACUCUUUUGCACAAGGUCAAAGAUCAAUCGAAGGUCGACGUAGUGUCUGAAAUCCCGGAGACCUUGCAGACCGCGGUUACUCAUCAGGAAAGCCGUUUGAAUCAGUUGGAACAACAGAGAUCAAAUAUCGUGAGCAUGCUUCAACGUGGUAAAGAUCUUUUGAAAGACCAACACGCGCCUCCAUUUGUGUCCUUGGAGGUUCAGCAAUUAGAAUCAAGCUGGAAUGAUACUUAUGGUCAGAGCGUGGAGACCUUGAAGUCUCUGAAGAGCUCGCAGAAGUUGUGGAACACUUACCUGCAACAGAAAGAGGAGAUCAUGAGAUUAAUCGAGCAAGCUGAGGAAGAAUUGAGAAAAAUCGAGUCGACUACCUAUUACGAAGCAUCCCAGGUAUCAUCCGACCUUCAGAGUAAGCAAGACUUUAGCUCCACAUUGAGAAAGUCUACCGAAGAGAUGAUGAAGAAGCUGCAAGAGACGUACAGUCAUUUGACAGAGAUUGCACCACCUGAAAGAAGGGAAGUAUUGAAGAAAGAGAUCACUCAAACUGAGAAACGAGUGGAGACUACUCUGAAGACCGUACAGGAGAAGGUUGUCUAUCUGCAGGAGCAUAGUACCAGGUGGAACAAGUUCCAGGCGAAAUUGAACGAAUUGCAAUUAUGGACGCAACAAAGUGCGCCUCAAUCGAUUGCAGAUGCUGAAAACUUGGCAACCACACCCGAAGAAAUGGUUUAUAGAACUGAGAUCUUGCAGAAAGAUAUUCAGGAGAGAAGCAGGACGUUGAAAUUCCUCGAAGAGGAAUCAGAGAAACUGGUGAAAGGUGAAACUGGCGGUCCUGGAAAGCAGCUGCGCGCUGACAUCAUAAGCCUGGAGAAGAGCAUCGAAACUCUUCAAAAGAGUAUCGUAGUCCAACGUCAAACAGCCGUGCAGAACCUGGAAACUUGGAAAGAGUACGAGAAAGGAAUCAAAGAAUUGAAACCUUGGAUCGAAGAAGCUGAGUCAAAAGCAGCCACCAUAGGCAGCAAACCUACGACUCUGCCGCAAGCAGCUCAAAUGUUAGAAACCGCCAGAGCAUUCGAAACACGAUGUCAACAGCACUUCCCUCAAAUUCAAGAUUUAUCCUUGGUCAGCCAGCGAAUAUCAGGGAAAACAUCAGCCUCCGACGAAGUGGAUGCUGUUCAUACUCGUUGGAACGCAGUACACGAUAUAGCAGUCCAAACAACCACGAAAUUAGACAAGCUAGUCACUUCGUGGAACAGCUUUGAAUCCGAGAUCAAAGAAUUUAACGAAUGGUUGGAAAAAUCCGAGAGAACCGUUCUCAUAGAACCAAACACCGAAACACCGGAGGUAUCGGUCUUAGAAAAAGAGCUGACUCGAUUGAAGGACUUCAACAAGACAAUAUCCGAUCAUCAAGCUCAAUUGAUAUCGUUGACCCAAGUGUCUGAUCAUAUCAGUCACGGUUUAUCUUUGGAAGGAGCGACCAACUUGAAAGCUCGUGUAUCAGACAUCAAAUCCAGAGUCAGUAAGCUGGCUGACACGGUCAGAUUGCAGAUCAAUCGCGUCUCUGAUUCUCUGUUAGCUCGCCAGGAAUUCCAGAUGAAGAUCACCGAUCUGGAGAACUGGAUGUCACGACUCAGAUCGAAUGUCGCUGAGAUCAGCGAUGCAACUGUUGAUACCGUUGAUACCAAUCUUCAGGCUGUGCACGCGUACAUUCAGGAACACUCCGAGAAACAGCCCAGUUUGGAAGCUAUCUGUGAAGAAGUAAAGGUGAUAUGUCCCAAAGGAUCCAUAAAAGCUAAAGCUGCUUUGGUUGACACUUACGUAGAUCUAGAGAAGAAGUAUAAAGCAUUAGGCGACGACUUGCAACAGAAGAAGAAGGGAUUGGAGAAAUGGAUAGAAAUGUUGAGUUGGUUGAACGACGCCAAUGCUCAGUUAAGUCACUGUAAAUACGAAGCUGAGGCUAGAAAACCUACUAUUGCUGACUUGGAGAGAUUCUCCUCGGAAUUGCAGACUAUAUACGAGAAGAUAGACGCCUGGAAACAACAUGUUUUACCUGACACUGCCAUUGGAAUUCAGAUCAGAGACAAACAGGGAAAACCUCUGUCCGCAUCGGGUUUGUUAAAUGAUUUAGAGAACAAAGCCUUAGCUCUACAGAACGAGAUAUCCGCGAAACGCGACAGACUAGAGAAUCUUGGCGCCAGGUGGAACAAUUUCAGAACACUUCAACAAACUAUCACGGAGAAGAUAUUGAACACCCAAACUGCUCUUCAAGAGACGGUUUACAACGUUGACUGCUGCAAACAGUUGGCUCCUGCCGUGGAGAAGAUUGAUCGAUUAAUCGAAGAGCAUCAGAAGAGAGAACAGGAGAAAGAGAUUCUUCAUUUCGAAGGAAGUUCCUUGAUGAAAGAGGACCAGAGAUCGACGACCAAUAUUCAAGUUGUUUUAUCUUCUGUGGAUGCUAAUUGGGAGAAGGUUAACGAGCUUCUUCGAGAGCAAAGGAAGAAAUACGCUGACAUGAACACCGACUGGAAAGAUUACGAAGAAGCUAAAGAGAAAGUGGAAAAAUCUAUCAAAGAAGCGACCAGUUUGUAUCAAUCAGUGAAAGGAGUUUCUUAUGACGUUACUCAAGCGAAUAUCACGUUAGAGAAGCACAAGAAAGCUUUGGAAAUGUUGAAGAAGGGCAGACAUUUCUUAGACAAAAUGGAUUCUAAGGCGCAACAGUUGACGAAGGAAGCUUCUUUGAUGCCCAGAUUCAAUUCCGAGCUAAUCGAAAACGACUUAACCGAUGUCCGACAGCGAUAUCAAGAUACUUUCAACGAUAUUAGUGAAAAGCUACAAACCUACGAGACUCAGGUAAUCAUCUGGAAGCAAAUAGAAGAAUCGAAAUCUGAACUUAUCAAGUGGCUCAAUAAUACCAACGACGCUUUGACCACUGCGUUUGAGCGUUUGAUGGACGCAGAGAACUGUCAAGCCAGGUUGAUCAGAUACAGAGAGGAGUUGCCUGGUUAUCAACAAUUGUAUCAGAACAUCGUCACCAAAAUUGAACAAUUAGUGAAAUCGAACAACGAUUCCGAUAUUCCUACCUUGAGUUCUCUUCAUAAAUUGUUGGACGAUCAGUUCAAGGUGGUUAAAAGUUCGGCGGAUAAACUGGAAUCUUUGACGUGUACGUUAAACGAAAGAGAAAGAGCGAUUAGACAGGAGCUGAAGAGAUGUGGUGACGUAAUAUCGAAAAUUCGCGAAGACAUUAUCAAAUGCGACGAUUUGACCGGCGAAAACACCAAGAUUCUUGGUCGUAUCAAUAAAUGCCAGGAAUUAAAAACAGAAUUGGAAGAAUGUGAUUACGCUCUGUCUAAAGUUGAGGAGACACUGACGAAGAUGUCUACGGAGUAUCCUAGCAUUUCCAAGUCCAGUUUGCCAAAGGAAUUGCAGGCUCUUCAGCUCCGAAGAGAUGGCGUGGCCAGUCAUGCUAAUAAAGUGAUAGCAACGUUGGUGGCCUUCUUAACUAAACUAUACCACGAAAAGUUCGGUGCUCUUCAACGUAUGGUAGCGACGCUUAAAGAAAAAGUAGCUUGGUGCGAGCCUGAACAAAGUAGCGAUCGUUAUAAUCUGGAAGUGAAAAUGGCGUCCCUGAUGGACGUGGAAGCUGGAAUUGCCGAUUGCACCGCCAGGAAAGAAGACACUGACAACUCCUUGAAGCUUCUAGCAUCUGUUGAAAGCGCCGAAACGAUGACCGGCUUAAAAACGGAACGUGACAAGGUGGAGAGUGACUUGGAAUCCCUGAAGAGUAGUUACAAUAAGAUCAAGAAUGAUCUAGAAAGAAACAUCGCUCUAUGGCAACGUUACGAACUUACAUCAGAGAAUGUUUUGUCCUGGUUGAAGGAGAACGAGAACAGAAUCAGAGCCGAAGCUUCUGCGUUACUUAAUUUAGACGAUAUCGAACAGAAGAUUGCAGAAAUGAGUCAAGUACAGAAGGCAGUGAUGGAGUAUCAAAGUGAACUGAAAGACCUGACUGCUCUAGCUGAAGACAUCACCAGAGUUAGUUCUGAAUCUCGAGUGAAUCAAUACAUCAGCCAUCUUAAUACACGUUACGAUUACGUGUUGAAGUUCCUGGCGCAACAUUUGGACAGACUUAAAGAGUUAAAAGAGAACAGGGAUCAGUAUGUUGCUAAUAAGAAGAAACUCGAAGCUUGGAUCGAAAAUGCUGAAAAAACUUUGAAAGCCUUCGACGAAAUCACCGGACCAAAGCCUAUAACUUUCUAUCAGUCGCGGUUGAAAGAACUGAAAGCUUUCGCCGAAGGACGUGAAGUUGGACAAGCCAUAUUAAACAAAACUGCGGAAGCUGGCGAAACUUUGUUCGCUAGGGUCACGCCGGACCAGAGAGAAACGAUCAGAACCGAGUUGAGGAACUUCCGUAACCGCGUGGACGCAAUGGCGGACCGUGCUAACGUGAUUUAUAAAAGAAUAGAGAGCGACAUGAUGCACAGGUCUUCGUUCGAGGAUAAAUUCUCUCAAGUGAAACAAUGGCUGGUAGACGCGCAGAAUAAAUUAGGAGAGAAACAGGAAUUAUUACCAACCUUACAAGAGAAGAAGCUGACUCUUCAUCUAUAUAGAGCUGUAGCACAAGAUGUUAGCGUGCACAAGAAUAUUCUUCAACAGCUGCAAGAUAGACUAAGCUCAGCUCCUGAUGACGAUGCUAGUGAAAUGUUGGGCAACGUGAUCGAAGCCCAUGAAAAAUUGUCUAAUGAAGUUGAAGGACGAAUUAAUAUAGCGGAGAAAUACGUUUCUAACCACGAAGCGUAUCUUCAGACGUUCGAGAAGACUCGGGAUUGGAUCAAUACGGUAAUCAACGAGGGAACACCUAUAAUCGAGGACUUUUCGGUGGAACGUGACACGGCAGAGACUAAAAUCACUGCUAUCGAGAAUCUUCUUCAACUGAAAGCGGAAGGGGAUCGAACUCUGGCUGACUGUAACGAACAAUUGAAUAUCGUUCUUGAGCAAACUUCUCUACCAGGUCAUCCAGCUUUGUUGUCUAACUUUGAGCAACAGAAAAAGAUAUGGGAAGAUUUCCUGAAGAGAUCCAUAGCCUCUAGAGACAAGUUGAGGCAUAUGUUCGACCAGUGGUCCGAAUUUGAGAAGAUUGUGGAAGACUUGGAAGCCUGGAUCAAGCAGAUGGAGACACAAUUGAAGGAUCAAAGUUUGAAGAGUACAGAGGAGGCAAAGAGGGCUCAUUUACAGAAGCUAAAGUCCUUGGAAGAGAGCAUUAUCGCGAAAGGAGCUGAAUUUAACGCUGCCAUUGAGAAGAGUCAAAGUAUCGAGGCUGAAGCAGACCUGGCCACUAGAGCUUCCAGACAAUCUACCAAGUAUCAGGCUAUCAAGAACCAAAUAAAAGAAACCGUGAUGCGGUACGAACAAUUCGUAAAGGAGCACAAUACCUUCAAUGUGAAAUACAAUCAAUUAUUGCAAUGGAUCACGGACAUUCAAUCGGAAUUGAAGAAGCACAGCGAAAUCGUGGGCGAUUUGUCCGUGUUGCAAAGUAGACAGAAGCUCAUUCGUGACCUUGGCGAUACUAGAACGAAGGAGAACGCUAGAUUCGAGUCUGUCGUAGAUCUCGGAGAGAAAUUAUAUAUUCAUACGUCUCCCGAUGGUAGAGAGAUUAUCAGACAACAAUUGAGAAACUUGAGAACUCUGUGGGAUGGAUUCACUGAAGAUUUGCAAAGCACUACGCAGAAAUUGGACCAGUGCCUGAUGCAAUUCGCCGAGUUCUCCUUGUCCCACGAGCAAUUGACUGCCUGGCUUCGAGACGUGGAACGUGCCAUGCAUCAACAUACAGAAUUAAAGUGUACCUUGGAAGAGAAACGAGCACAGUUACAGAAUCAUAAGAUUAUGCACCAAGAAAUUAUGUCUCAUCAGUCCCUGGUAGAGUCUGUUUGUGAUAAAGCUCAGCAGUUGGUGGAUCAGACCAAAGACACCUCUCUCAACGUUUUUCUACCUUCUAUUAAACAGUUGUUCCAUAACAUAGUAGCGAAAUCGAAAGAUUUGUUGGAAAAUUUGGAAGAUUGCGUGGAGAAACAUCAUAGGUUUAACCUGCAAGUGAAGAACUUCUCUGACUGGUUGAAUGGCGAAAGAGACAAGCUCGCAGAAUGCAACGAUGUCACUGGAGAAAGAACAGAUAUUAGUAGAAGAUUAGCUACUCUGGCGACGUUGAAGGACGAUCAGAUGCAGGGAACGGAACAGCUUGCAAAGUUGAAGGAACUUAGUGAUACGGUUGUUAAAAGAACCGCGCCGAAAGGAUGGGACGCCAUCAAUAAAGAGAUCACCGUUUUGGAAAGCAACCUUCGUCAAUAUUUAAGCGAAAUAGAAUCUGUGGAAGAAAAGCAGAAGACAGCCCUUCAGAAAUGGCAAGACUUCGAAGACAAAUUGGAAACGCAUACAAAAUGGUUCAGCACGAUGGAAGCUGCCUUUAGAGACCAACAAUUACAACCAACUUUGCAGGACAAGGAGGCUCGUUUGAAAGCUUUGAAAGAGAAGCGUGACGCCAUACUGAAGGAAGAAUCGAAUAUAGACGAGUUCGUUGACAAGUCUCAUAGUCUACUACACGCGAGCGGCGUUGAACGUAUCAAACCCAUGAUCUCGCAAAUUAGCAAUAGAUACCAACUAUUGCAUGGCCUUAGCAAAGAAGUAGUGACGAGGUGUCAGAGUAUUCUAGACGAUCAUCGGGCUUAUGAAGAGAAACUGAAGGUUGUGGAUGCGUGGCUGACUCAAUUGGAACAAAGUUUGGCCAGUCUGAAGAAAGACGAGGCAGGUGGAAAUCUCGAAGAGAGAGUCUCUCGUUUACAGAUAUUGUUAGCUGAGAAAGAGCAAGGUGAACAUCGAUUAGGAAGCUUGAUAUCGUUUGGGGAGAGGAUCCUUGCUGACACAUCUGCCCAGGGAAGGGAACUUAUUCGUCACGAACUAAGGCAGGCUCGAGAACGAUGGGACAAAUUUGUAGAAGGCAUAGAUGAGCAACAGAAGAAACAGGAUGCUCAGUCUUUGCAAUGGACCAAUUAUCAGGAAACUUUGCAACAGAUUUUGGCUUGGUUAGACACUAUGGAGAGAUCCGUGAAACAGGACUCGACGAUCACGUGGUCUUCUCUUCAGGAAAUUAAAUCCAAGUUGUUGAAGAGCAAGGGAAUGCACCAGGAAAUUCUGGCAUACAAACGCAUCAUCGAGGGUGUGUCUGAAAAGGCAAAUGCACUGACGUACGCAGUCCAAGCGCCAUCAGACGCUCAACAGAAAGCUGCUUCGGUUUCUGGAAGAUACGAGGACUUGGUUGAAAUGUCACAAAAGAAUAUAGCCAACCUAGAGACUCUCCUAGACACGUUCCAACAAUUUUACGAUCUUCAGAAAUCCUAUCAAGACUAUCAGAAACAACAAUGGGAACAACUGACCAAUUACAGCGACUACACGGGCAACAAAGCUGCUCUUCAAGCUCAACUGGCCAAGAUCAUGGAGCUUCAAGACGGCCAGAGGGAAGGAGAAUUAAAAUUGGAUAUUCUUAGCGAACAUGUGGCUCAGAGUGCAUCCAACUUAUCACCUAGAUCGUUAGAAUCUAUGGAAAGAGACCUGGCUUCGUUGAGAUUCGAGCAUAAGAAAUUCGCCAUUACGGUAAACGACAUUAUUCGAUGCAUCGAGGAGAGGAUCCAGCAAUGGAGCGAGUACGAAAAUUCUUUGGAACGUUUAUUAGCUUGGUUGGCGGAUGCGGAGUCGUCUUUGAAGAAUUACUCCCUAAAGAACUCUCUUGAAGAGAAACAAGAACAACUCGAGAAAUAUCAGGCACUGCAAAAAACCGCCUUAUCGUGGGACACGGAAGUGACGGAACUGGUGGCCCUAGGAGACCACCUGGACCAAAUGUUGAUCGUGAAUCUCCGGCAGAACGAGGCCGAGUUCGACAAGAUGAGCGACGAAUCUUCCGAACUGAUGCAAAUUAGUGGGGAAACAAGGUUCUCAGCCAACGUUCAGCAGAUCACCUCGCGUUUCCAAUCUAUUCAAGCGACUGCUAAGGAAUUGGUAAAGAAAUGCGAACAAGCAGUGGCAGACCACGCAGCCUAUCUGGAGCGCUACAAACAGUGUUCAGAAUGGCUAGCAAACACCAGAACUACUUAUCAAUCCAUCAAAGACGAUCUCAGCGGCACUCUUCAAGAGCUAACCUCGAACGUAGCAACGCUGAAGGAUCUUCUGGCUCGUCAAUCUUCGGCAACUCUUUUAAUAAACAACACCGUGGAAGCUGGAGAACGUCUUUACUACACCACAGGCAUGGACGGCAGAGAGAUCGUUCGUCAACAGUUGUUAGAUCUUCAACAAGCCUUCGAAGAACUGUACGACAGUAUCGCGUCGACCGAACGAGAGUUACAAUCAAAGAUCUCACGUUGGUCCGGAUUCGACGAGUCCAACGAGUCAUUCGACAACUGGCUGAAGACUGUCGAGACUCAACUAAAACCAGAAAUCGAAUUGAAAACCACACUGGACGAGAAACGAGCUCAGUUGCAAAUCUAUCGUUCAUUCUUGCACGAUAUUCAGUCUCAUCAACAAGAUUUACUCGAUCUUCGCGAUAAAGCUGAUAAUUUACCAGACUCUACUGACAAAAUACAUCAGACGCUGAAGAAACUGAACGAAAGACACGCUACGGUGUUGAAACGAGCUGCUGCGUUCGUUGAAAAGUACGAAGGCAUAGUCAGUGAUCACCAACAGUACAGCAAGGCUGUGCUCGACACUCACGAGUGGUUAGACGCGACGCACAAUGCAGUUAUUCUUUGGGGUGACACGGAAUUAGAACGGGUGUCCCUUCACACGAACCUGGAUCGACUGAAGAAUUUAUUGCAGAGUUUACCAGAGGACAAACCGAGAGUUCAACAGAUAAGAAUCCUAGGGGAAAAGGUGAUUCCAGGAACCCUGGAAUCUGGUCAGAUUAACAUUCGUUCGCAGAUAGACUCCUCGCAGCAAGAAUGGGAAAGUUUGGUCACUGCUGUCAAGUCUACUAUAGAGGGUCUAGAAAACAAGCUUCAACAGUGGAACGAGUUCGAAACAUCGAAAGAACGAUGCCUCGCCUGGAUGAGAGAAACUGAUACCAAACUCCACGCGGUCGACUUGAAGGCUACCUUGCAAGAGAAGAAGGACCAAUUGGAGCUUCUGCGCACACUCCAAGGACAGGUUCGCGCGAAAGAACUAGAAAUAGAUGCUGUCUCCGAGAAAGCUCAACAACUUCACAAGAAUAUCACGUCUCGUACCACACAUAUGUCAGAGUUAAGCAUCAAGUAUCAACAGAUAUCGAACAAAGUGAAGGAUCUGAACAGUCGUUGGCACCAAUACGUGACCACUCAUCAAGAAUUCGACAAUCAAGUGGCAGAGUGCACCAGAUGGUUGGAUGACAUUAGGAAGAAGCUAGCUUACUGCUCUGACCUGGGUGCAUCCUCUCAGAAAGAUUUAGAGAACAAGAUGGAGGUAAUUCAGGAUCUAUUGUUGUACAAGGAAGAUGGAUUCGCCAAGGUUCAAGGGAUCGUAGAACUAGCUCAAGCUGUCUUAGCAAACACAGCACCAACUGGACACAAGGCUAUCAACGAUGCUGUUGGAAAAUUACAGGAACAAUGGAGCGCACUAGCCUCGAAGAUGUUGGAGACCAAGACCAACUUAGAUGAUUCUAUCAAUAAGUGGGCUGGUCUUCUAGAACAGAUACAAUCGAUGAAUAAAACUGUUGAUUAUAUGCAGUCUGCUUUGAACGAAUUCUUGCCGUUCCAAACGACAAUGUCUGAAAAGAGGUGUCAGUUGGAACGUAUCAAGGCCUUGGAAGAGAAAGUUCGAUGCGAGAAUAUCGAGGUGGAUAGUCUGAAGAUCAAGGUGGCUGAAAUGAUCGCCAGUGGUCCUCAAGGUCUAGCUGCGUCCCAGGCACAGAGCAUCUUGAACAGAUUCGACACGUUGUUCGAGAAGAUUAAAUCGCUGUUAACCGAGCGAGAAGAACAAUAUAAGGAUCACAGAUUGUACAAAGAAGCGCACGACGAUAUUAUCAAUUGGUUGAGUCGAGCUCGUGAAAAGAUUCCAUCGAUGAAACAGAGGCCAUUAAGCGAUAAAUUGGCUAUUGAAAAUGCUGUGGCUCCAUUGGAGAGUUUGUUGAAUAAGAAGGCUCAGGGUGAACUCUUGGUGGAACAUCUUCAGCAUACUGGCAAGGUCGUCUGCGCGAGUACGAGUCCUCAGGGUCAGGAGAUUAUAAUGAACGAGGUGAAAGCUUUAACUCAGAGUUUCGAAGAGCUUUUCAGAGAAAUUAAGCAACAAAAGGAUCAAUUGGAACAAACCGUGAGUCAAUGGAGAGACUACAAGGACGAAUACGAGCGAAUAAGCGAUUGGUUACAGCAGUUCGACAUCCUGAUAAAGGCGCAGAAGAAUUCUCUCUUGUCAAACGUAGCAGGGAAAAAGAAACAAGUACAAGAAGUAAAGGAAAUACUGGAAAACCUAUUAAAGAGACAAGAACAAAUCGAUAAAUUCAACAAGACUGCAUCCAGUCUUCUAUCGUCUAACCUGGACACCUACAUAAACAACCAACUUCGUCACUUAAACUCGCGCUAUCAGGUUCAAGUGAAUCUCGCCAAAGACGUUCUGAACAAAGUGGAAACUAACUUGGCUCAGCACGAAGAAUACGUAGCUAAUUUGGCCAAGACUUGUGCCUGGAUCGAAAACGCGAAGCAAAUCAUUCGCAAAGGGACCGAGGCAGCGUCCACUAGCAGUCGAGAAGAGCUACAGAACAGAUUAGACAACAUUCAAGAAUUAUUAAGGAAACGCGAGGAAGGACAAAACUUGGUGCAUCUGACAGUAAACUGUGGAGAGAAAGUAAUGAGAAAUACUCGAUCAGAUGGUCGCGAAGAGAUAAACAUUCAAUUAAAGGAGAUUCAAAAUGCGUGGGAGAGACUAGUGAAGAAGAUUUCGACGACCAAAGUGCAUUUAGAGACGAGUCUGCUUCAAUGGGCGGAUUAUAGUUCGUCGUAUUUGCAAUUGCAACAAUGGAUCAACGACAGGGAAGCUAAAUUGCAACAAGUCUGUGAACAAAAGGUGUCGAAAGCUAGAAAAGGUCUGGCUGGCUUGAGUUCCUUGGCUAUUGGAGAAAGGAAGGCGAAUCUUAGACAGACGAACAGUAUAGUUCAGGAUAUAGUGGCGUUCGAGCCGAUGAUUCAAUCGGUUACCACGAAGGCCGAGGAUCUUCGACAGGCCACACCAGCCACGGAAAUUUCAAUAAAAUACGAAACUUUGAGCAAACAGGCGCAGGAGUUGUACGCGAAACAAAAGGAAACCGUGGAACAACAUCAGGCGUUUAUCGACAGUGGAAACGAAUUUAUUCAGUGGAUAAGAGCGGCUAAGGAGAGACUUGGAAAAUGUUCAGAACCUACUGGGGAUAAGGAAUCGUUGGCGAAUAAGAUUACACAGUUGAAAGUACUGCAAAGCGAGCUGCCAGAGGGCCAGAAGAAAUUGCAACAUGCUUUGGAACAAGGGAACGCGGCGUGUCAGAUCGCCGACGAGGAGGACAAGGAGAUCAUCGAGGAGGAAGUUGCGAUGCUGCAGGAAGAGUACGACAGCUACGUAGACUCGUUGAACAACACGAAGAGUUUACUGGAAGUAGGAAUAGUGAAAUGGACGGAGUACGAGGACCAAUUUUCAGAAGCUACCGAAUGGCUCACGCAGACCGAGCAACUGGUGCAAUCGUUCAACAAACUUCAAGAUAGUUUGGAAGAAAAGAAGAACGUUCUUGAACAAUUCCAGGUCCAUUUGCAGACGUUGUUCGACUGGCAAAGAGAACUUGAUCGACUGAACAUGAAGGCUCAGAUGUUAUUGGAAACUUGCGCGGACACCAGAAUCUCGAACGCUAUCACCCAAUUGACGACCAAGUAUAACGCGCUUCUAUCUUUGGCUAAAGAAAUAAUGAGACGCCUGGAAUUACAUUAUCAGGAACAUCAGCAGCACAAUACGCUGUACCAAGAAUGUCAAGAUUGGAUCGAACGAACUCGUGACAAACUGAGUGAAUGUAAGGAGAUUCCAAGCACCUUAACCGAGGUGAACAAUAAGCUGCAUACUUGCAAGGCCAUCAGACAAACCUUGGAACAAGGCCAGAACAAGCUGCGUUAUGCUCUCGAACUAAAGGAGAAGGUGAUUAUGAACACAGAGCAAAAUGGCGCGGCAAAGAUUCAAGAAGACACAGAAAACCUCAAGACAGAAUUCGAGAAAUUGUUAGUCAACGUGGAAGACAUAAGACAGAAACUUGCCGCAAGAGCAAGCGCGUUGGAAGAAUUGAACAAAAUUCAUCGACUCACCACGGAUUGGAUCGAUGAGAUCGAGGGCAAGAUUCAGCCGGGUGAAAUGUACAAGAACGAUCUCAGUGAAAAACGAGCGGUGUUGGAAAAGUAUAAGACGGUUCAGAGGGAUAUUCAAGGCCAUGGUGAAACCGUAGAUCGAUUGAAGGCUCGUUUGGCUGAAGAUUCUAGCAUACCCGUUGGCCCUUAUCAAUCUACCAUCGCAAAGUACGACGAAUUGACCAAGCUGAUCGCUGAAAAAAUUCGAAAUUUAGAAGAGCAGGUGAACGAUCACGAGAAGCUGCAACAAGCUCACAACGAAGCCGCGGAUUGGGUUCGUCACACGAAACUGGAACUUCAGCAAAACUGCGACACCCACGGCGAAAAGGAGCGGAUCAUCGAACGGGAGAACAAAGUGAAUCAGAUCAUCGCUUCCCUUCCCAAGGGAGAAAACUUGAUCUCGAAAGUGAUUCAAUUGAGCGAUGGAGUGAUCGCCAGCACAGGUCCCGAAGGUCAAGAAGCUAUCAAACAGGACGUGAAACAGCUGCAAGCAAAUUGGAAAUCUUUGCAAGCGCAGUGUCACGAGUCCCAGAAGACUUUGUCCAACUGUAUUUCCAGCUGGUCUCAAUUUACAACCGCGUUGGACAGCAUGAAACGAUGGAUAGAUCAUUUCCAGAAGAAGGUGAACGACGAGCAAUCGAAAGAGAACAAAACCCCGGAGGAUUUAAUUCGGUGCAAAAGUCUCGUGGAAGAAGCCGUUCAACAGAAGCCUGUUUUGGAAGAUUUGAACGACAAGUGCGAAGCUUUGUUGGAAAUGAGCGCUUGUAGUUGGGCUCGUGACAAGACCGUGCAAUUGCAGUCGGCUUACACGUCUUUGUUGACGGAUAUGCAAGGACUGGUUUCCAGGGUGGAGAAGAAUUUAUCCGAUCACACCGAGUUCUUGAAGGCGAAGAAGGAAAUGGAAGACUGGCUGCGUAUUGCUCGAGGAUCCGUGCAGGAUUGCAUGGGUGUUGGGGAUGCUGAGUGGGCCAAGGAUAAAUUGGAAACCAUUAAGAUCGUCGCAACAAGAAUCACGGAGGGUCAACAUCUACUUUCAACAUUACAAAACGCGUACGCGAAAGCCAUAGACACAGCAGUGCCAGAGCAACAAGACCAACUGAGAUCAGACAUGGCGGGACUUCUUUCCAGCUGGGAGCAACUGAGCAUCGAUUUGAACACGGUUCAAGCUCAGCUCAAGUCUCUGUUACACCGUUGGGAUGAUCACACGGAAGCUCACGGGAAGAUGAAACGUUGGUUGGAAGAGACCGAGAACAGUAUGCAGGAGCUUCCAGACACAAAGGGAGAAUUCGGUGACAUGAAAACGAUGCUGGAACGUUACAAGCACAUCCAAGAGGAAGUUCGCGGCAAGAAAACCGAAUUAGAUCAUCUGUUGGAAGAAGCUGACGAACUGUCCAAACUGGCGAAGAAGAGCACGCCUCUGGAUCGUACGAGAGAAUUGUCGAAACGUUGGCAGAAUCUGAGUGAGAACGUCGAUGAAAGAAAGAGAUUGAUCGAAAAUGAAAUUGAGGAAUACAACGCUUAUCAUGCAGCCUUGCAAGAGACUGAGAAAUGGCUGUUGCAAAUUUCUUUCCAACUAAUGGCCCACAAUUCACUGUACAUCACGAACAAAGAGCAAACGGUAUCGCAAAUUAAACAGCACGAAACUCUGCUUGCAGAAAUCGAAAAUUACACGAGUGUGCUGGACGAUUUGAAAUUGAAAGGAAAUGGACAGAUCGAUCGAUACGUGGCUGCCAAUCCUGAGAUAAAAACAGUCAUCGAAACGCAACUUCAAAAUGUUCAAGAGAGCUACAAUUCUCUAUUGAAUACCGCGUUGCAGAUUAAGAAACGAUUGGCGGAAUCGUUGGUCAAAUUCCAGGAAUAUGAGAACACUUUGGAGAGUAUCAUGAAGAAUCUGGAUGCGUAUGAGCCGGAAAUAGCGCAAGAGAUGGAGGCACCUUUGGAUACUCUCGAUAUUGCGAAGCAGAGAUUCGAAAAUGCUCGCACGUUGCAUAAUAAGUUACAAGGCGAGAAAACGAGGCUUGCUCUGGCUGUCGAAGCUUGCGAAGCUGCGGUGGCUUGCGUCUCGAGACCCGGAAGUCCUCUGGAUGCGCCACCUGUGCAGAUUCCGCCGAGAGAAGUAGAAGUUAGGAACAAACUGGAGGAACUGAUCGAUCAGGCUCAGGGACAUUUGAUGAACGUGACGAAAGCUCUGAACGAACUGGAAGAACAAACUCGUCAGAAGAACGUGCUUCGAUCUUGGAUAAACCAACAAAGAGCUCUGUGCGCCGAAUGGAAGUCUCGGCCAGCGAAAUUAAGAUCCGAAGCUGCGCACGCCGAGUUACAAGCAAUGAACGACUUACUUGGAAACGUUGGCGAACGUCGAACUCACGCGUUAACUGAACUAUCGCUCAACGAAGACGAUCAGGACAUCGAGGAAGGAUUGAACAAACUGGAAGCAGAGUUGACGGAUGCUAUCGCCGGAAAACAAGCUGCUCAGGAUCUGAUUCAAAAGUAUAGAACACAGGUGCAGAGUAUUCAAGCCUGGUUGGAUGUCCUGUCGAAGAAAGUUGACGUUAUCGAGAAAGGAAAUGGGCAAACUAUCGGCCAAAAGAUCGCUAGCGUGAAAGAGAUCACAACGGAGUUCGAGUCUCAGGGACCUGGAAAGUUGAACGAGGUGAAGACGUUGAGCGAUCAAGUGAUGGAUUCUGUGAGCAACUUGGAUUCACAGCAGAUAGAAGAACAAAUUAAGUCUGUCGAAAGAAGAUACGCUGAUAUAGCGAAGAAGCUGCAGAGGAAAGCGCAGGUAUUGGACAUGACUGCUCAAGGGAUCGAGGCAACUAGGCAGGAGAUCGAGGAGAAUCGUGAUUGGAUUGAGCAAAGGAAACAGCAAGCCCAGGUCUCUGAUCCAGUUGGAUUUGACAGCAAGCAGGUGGAGGAGAAGCUUCUUGCUCUGAAGGCGAUGCUGAAGGAAGCAGAAGGAAAGCAAAUGGUGAUCGAUACCCUGGAGAAACGAGUCGGUAACAUGCAGAACGAAUUAGAGGCCAAUGAACAGCAACAAUUGGAAAAUGAAACGAAAGCUUUGCGUGGCGAACAAUCUCAGCUUUGUACGAUCUUAACUGAAGGAAUUUCCAGUGCAACGGCUGCAGCCGACGCUCGACGCAAGUUCGAAGGUGAUCUGGAACGAACACGGGCUUGGAUCAAGUCGAAGAGCAAUAACUUGAAGAAGCUGAGUGGGUACCUGCCUUUGAAGGCGUCGAAAGUCGAACAGGAUAUCAUUCAGCACGGAGAAUUGGAAGCUGACAUCGAUUCCUUCAGUGAAAAGGACCUGAAUGAUAUUUUGAAGCAGGGGCACAAUCUGUUGAAGGAAUGCAACGAGGAGGAUCGCGCGAAAUUAGGAAAAAUCUUGGACGAAAUGAGCAAGGAUUACGAAGAGCUGAAGAGCGAAGCGCAAGAGAAGCAGGCAGCACUCGCGGAUCUUCUUCAAGGACGAAAGGCCUUCGAAAAUGAAAUAGACAAGUGUAAGAGAUGGAUCAACGAAGCUGAAGUGGCCACAUCUUCGGAUCUGAGGUCUUCUAGCAUCGAUAUUUUAAGGGAACAGCUGGCUAAGUACGAUCGUCUAAAGAAAGAGGCAAAGGAGUACGCGGACGACAUCGAGAAGCUAAUACAGCAAGGAAAAUCGAUUCUACCAACCGUGAGCGACGCUGACAAACUCGAGCUAAACGAGCAGUUGCAAAACAUGAAAGAGGCUCACGGUAGAGUAGCUGGUAUCAUAAACGAAAGAGCUCUGGCUCUUCAAAAGAGCAUCGACGAAGCUGAAGAAUCAUUGGCAAGGAUUGCCGAAGCGGUUCAAUACAUGACAGACGUGCAGAAAGAGCUUCACGAGCUUAAUAAACCGAUCGGUUCCCGCGUCGAAGACGUGGAAGUUAUGCUGAAUGCGUACGAAAAGAUCUUAAACGACUUAAAAGCAAACAAGGCGAAGCUAUCUGAUCUCCAAUCGGUCAAUGUAUCUGAUCUUCACGGGGUAUUGACUCAACAGGACGACCUCAUAAAGGCUAUAGAAUCGCAAAUUGCGAAACUUCGCCAGUUACUUCUGUUACGACAGCAGUUCAUCGCUCUGAUCACUGAUAUUACCACGUUCAUUGCUAAGUACACGGAGAUCGUUCGAGACAUCGAGAACUCAGGUCAGACCACGGAAGAAAAGAUCAAGAGAUACGACGAUGCCAUUCUAAAGAUCCAAGAAUGCGAGGCGACCCUGGCAAGUGCAACGGACAAGGGUCAGCAAAUCGCAGCAGAAGGUUCGACUGCAGAUAGAAACAACAUAACGGAACAAUUACAAUCGUUGAAGCAACAACUGCAAGGUCUAAGAAGAGCCGUGGAAACCCAGAGGGAGCAACACGAAUUAGCUGCGGCGGAACACAAGAGACUUGCGAACGAAUUGGCCGAAAUUCUCGAUUGGUUGGAAGAUAAAGAGAAAGAAGUGAAAUCUAGGCCUCUUCUGGAGAGAGAUCCAACAAGCGUGGAAGCCGAACUGAAGAAUCACAACGUAUUAUGCGAGGCUGUCAAUGAACAUCUGGACAGAAUCAGAAACUUGAAAAACUCUGUGCCUCACGAGGAAGGAAUGCCUGGUUCGUUGAAAGAAAUGCUCAGCGAAGCAGUGUCUCUGUUGACCUCCUUGCCAAGAGAAAUGGAGGAACGUGGAAAUUAUUUGAAGACUAACAUGAAACUUAGACAAGAGUACGCUGCUCUUACUGAGAAACUUCGAAGUUGGGUUCGCGAAGCAGAGGUUAGACUGGAAAGCGACAAAGAUGGACUCGAUUUUGAGAAUAUCCUGAGCGAUCUCGAGGAGCACAAGAUUUACUUCAGUAGCGAGCCAACGAUUCGCGAGCUGGUGUCUCAGCAAAUACAACAGGCAGGUGACAAAAUUUGGCCAUCGUUGACUACGUCCGAGCAAGAAGAAUUGAGCGCGGAACAACAGCAGCACACUCAAUUACUGAAGAACACGCUGAACACCGCAAAAUCUCAACGUGCCAGAUUGGAACAAGGAGCUGAAACUUGGAGAGACUACACGCAAACCCUCGAGCGAGUUCGAGCUGUGAUCGCGAGGAGUAGAUUCACUGACGAGCCUGUCACGACUCUGGCUGGAUUGCAAUUUAACAUCCAGAAGAUCACGCACGCGCUCAAUGAUAUACAGAAUCAACAGUUCGAAUUGGACCUUUUGAACGAGCGCAGUCAAGAAGUGCUUCGAUUGGCUGAUGCUAAUAACAGAAAGACGAUAGAAACACAAAUCGCUGAAAUCAGUACGGAAUGGAAAGAAUUGGUUUCCGGGUUAGAAGGUCGCAGAGACGCUCUCGAGGCGCUCUCCAAACAUUGGGAAGAUCUUGAGGCGCAAUGGUCUGUCAUUGAAGCUCGUGUAAAUGUCAUUGAAGAGAAGAGCAAACUUUUGGAUACCGUAGUUCGGUCUAAACAACACUUGCAAGACGUUAUCAAGGCUUUACAUGAGCUGGUAGCGGAAGCGGAGAAAUUGAAACCGAUGGCAGAGGAAGUGAAAGAUCUAUCAGGACCUGUUCUAGCGUAUCUGGCAGCCUUCACAGAGGCACCAGCCCACGCGCUCGAGAAAAAGCUGAAUAAGUUGCAGAAUUCCGUCGAAUCGCUCAUCGACUCCCUGCAGACGAAAUCCAAGAAGGCGGACGAGGACUUGGAGGCGUUCGAAGGCACCGAACGUGAGAUCGAGCAGCUGAGGAAGCGUUUGAACGAGGCGCGAGAACGCGCCUCGAACUUUUACGUCUUCGGUCCGGAUCAGGACGCGACCGAGGAGGAGCUUGACGAGCUACGCUGGGCUGUCGAGCAGCUCCUCGACAGCACGAAAAAGUUCUCAGGAAGCACUAAGGCGCGGUACCAAGCUAGCCAGCAGCUGGUCCCUAGUGAUCUUGCUCAACACCUGACAGCCCUUGAACUUUGCGCUGAAGCGACGGCGCAAGCGAUGGAGGAGAAACAGAGGGAACAGAAACGGGCUAGAACCGUCAGAUCGGAUUACUUGACCGAUCUCGACGAGGUUCAAACGUGGAUCAGACAAGCUGAAUUGAAGGUGCAAGACAGAUCCAUCGAGCCUGCCCCUCUAAAGGAACAAUUGAAACAGGUGCAAGACGAGUUGGGCACGAUCACCGACAAGCUCGAACGAUUAACGAGAAACGGCCGUACCAUUGCGGAGAAUACGAGGGACGAUACUGAGAAACAGUUGAUCGACAGCACCGUUCACAAUGUCACUGAACAGUUGAACCAAGUUAGGAACUGGCUGGACGAGAGGAAGCAAGUGGUAGCUGAUACCAUCGACGCUUGGCAGAGAUUUUUGACGUUGUACGAGGCCGUUAAGGCAUGGACUGAGGAAAAGAGACAGUUCCUAGUUGAGCCAUUAAAGCUCAGCACCCUUGUGCAGGCUAGGCAGAGGCUGCACGAGUAUUCGACAGCCGUAAAAAGCUGCAAACAGAUCAACAAGAAUCUCAGUGAUAUGGGUAAGGAGCUCGAGAGUAUCGGUCAGGUCUGCAGCGUGGGCGACUUGCCCGAGAAACUACUCGAAGCUGAAGAAGCUAAAGUCCAAGUAGAGGGUCAACUGUUGGAAAGGAACGCGCUGCUGCAAGAAACUAGCGAAGAAUGGGAGCAGUGCGAGCGAAAGAUGAAGGAAGUGAGAACGUGGAUCGAGAAAGCGAAACAGAGUCUCGAGUCGCCGCAGAACAAAAAGAAACCAUUACGAGAUCAACAUAGUAUAAGGGAAAAAAUGCUGAGCGAUAUCGCGAUACAGAAAACGAAAAUUGGUAUGUCGAUGGAGAAACUUCAGGUUCACUUCCGAUCUGGGAUUGGUGGCGAUAGUCGAAUCGGCGAAACGGUUGACGAGCUGUUGGCCGAGCUAGACAAUCUUAAUACCAAUGUGAGAGAACAGACUACGGCAUUAGAGGCUUGUCUAGCUCAGAUUGAUCAAUAUCAACAGGAGAUACAACAGUUGAGGCAACAGAUUAUGCAGGUGGAGCAGCAACUGAGGACAAUACUGAGCCCGACGUACCUGUCCGCCGAUAAGGAGAAGGCGUUACAGGAGCAACAGCAGAGCCUGCAGCAAAGGAUGGACGAUUGGAAGCAACGCGUGAAGAUAGUGCUGGAUCAAAUAUACGCCGUGGACCCGUACUAUGUACAGAGCAACGAGACAAGGGUCGUCAAUCAGAUCUCGUACGCGGACAUCGCCGCAGGUCGGACAAGUCCGAGCUCCAGGGGUUCUAGCCCCUUUAGAAAUCCCCGAGACGAGGUUUCUUCGGUCCCCCUUUCGAUUCAAGUGCUCAAACCUACCGUGCAACUGUCAAGAACAGUGGAAGCCCAGAAGCAACCUGUUAUCGAACCAAUUGGCGACAAUACUCCACCAAAUGCUGCAAUAGCGGAGACGAAGAUGAAAGAAGAACAGACAAGACCCGAAGAGCAGAGCGAACAGAAGGAGCCUGAAGUAAGAACCGAGGUUAGAAGGCGCGUCUCUAAAGUAGAUUCAGUGGACUCUAGAUUGAGAAAUCAGUCGAGAAGAUCUGGUUCCGUGCGAAAGGACGUUCGGGGACCUAUCAGGGAAUCUCCUGAAAGAAAUUCGUCCGUGGAGGCUGACAAUGAAAUUUCUGGAUCAGACACUUCUAGAUCGGUAGUGGAACAGAGGAAGGAACCGUUUAUACUUAAGAACACACUGGCCCCUAAGGUGGAGAGAAGAGGAAGGUCUGCCAGUCCCAUUUGGAUGCCUGGAUCAACUUCCUACGCGGAUAUUCUUCGUGGAAACAGACAGAAUUCUCGCAGCCCUUCGGUGGAGACUAGCAAAGAUGCUCACGUAGUUGGUAGAGAAGUCGGAGAGACUGUGGUCGAGGAAUCUUCUGUAGAAACUGUUCAGACGGAGAAGAUGGAAUUUGAGGUGCCCAAGGUCGAAGUAAAGGAAGGGGCAACAGCUGAAAAUGCUUUUAUGGAAGAACCAAGCGAAGACGUAGCAGUGGAGAGCUAUCAACAGCAGCCUGCAGAGGUCGUGCACGAAGUUGUACCUGAAGUCGAGUCUCCUGUGAAAACUUCUGAGGAACCGAGCGAAACUCAAACCAGUUGGACGGACGAAAACAUUGACGAGUACGUUUUAUUGAAUGAGAAAGGUUACGAAAAUGUUACAAGACCGCCAGUUGCAACUCAACAAGUUCCAGAGGUCUACAACUAUAUUCAUCCGGCUAUUCCUGAAUUGGUUGGUUUCAUCGGGUCUCAGAUCGCCUAUCCAGUAAGUUCCUACGUCUACAUGCCAGCCGCACCGCCUCAGCAAAUGGCUCUUCCUCAUUACACCGAAAGUCAGAUAGCCUUUCCGUCGGAGCCGUACGUGGCACAGGCUAGCUACAUCCCUGAACCAGAUAUUUAUCAGCAAAAUCAGUUGCAGAAGCAUCAACAAAGGCAUCCGCAUCAAACUAAAUUCAAGAUCCCUCCAAAGACUACUCCUGUAGUUGUGCAGAACGUUGAAGAGAAGUGUUUACCUUCGAGAGCUCAACAACCUGUGGAUGUUGAGCCUGUCGUUCAGUCAAAUGUUCAAGCUGCUGUUCAACCUGCUGUUCAAGCGGAAGAAGUUUCCGAACCAGAAAAACCAGUAGAACCAGAACAGUCUAUGCAGCAGACUAUCGAGCAACCUGUACAACAAGUUUCUACGCCAGUUGCAGAAAGUACACCCGUUAAAACGAAAAGUACUGCCUCAAGCGAGAGCAAGACAUUCUCGUACGCCCAAAUUUUAUCACAGGGUCUCAGUUCUAAACCGACAUCGACUACAAGUAGUCAAUCAUCAACAACGACGACUUCAAUCUCGAAACAGGCGAAAGAGCGUUCACGCUCGCCAGUAAACUCUGCGACAUCAUCUGUGCACGAGUCGAGUCCUCCUCAGGAAGCUAGACAGACUCGGGAAUCGACCGUAAGCAAGCCAGGAAGUACGUGGGAUAUAUCGAGGAGAAGGGAGACGAGAAAGACUCACCAGGAGUCGCCAAAGACGAAGAUUCCUGAGAAGAGAGCUCGCAGAGGACCAGAGCAACCGAAGGCUUCAGAAGUAUUUCAGAAACCCCAGAAGGAGAAAUUCAGGACCAAUACGGAACUACAGAAACAGGUAUUCGAAUUCAAAGAUGAGAUUACUGUGGAAGAUUUGACGGCUUCUCCGAAGGUAACUCCGAAGAGUGUCAAGGUUGAGAUUAGAAAGGAACAGGUGGACGAUGUUAAACCAGAAAAGAGAAUAGAUGCUGAAGAAACGAAAAAGAUGGAAGAUCACAAGCAGGAUGAAAAGGAUGUUCAGGAGGAGAAGGAGGUUGAUGUUCAACAGAGGAGCAGAUCUCAGGAGAAGAAACGAAAGACGAAGAAGAAGAAGCCGGAGAAGGUGGAUGACGAGAUAGAGAAGGCCCUGAAGGAGAUCGAGGAUAUGGAUAAGCAUAAAAAGAGGGAUAAGUCGAGGGAACAGACUAAGAAAGAUACGGUUCAAGCUACGGUGGAAAAACCCAAAGAGGAAAGUGAAAAGAAGAAUGUGAAAUCUAAUGAGAGGAAGAAACAGGGUAAAUCGAAGAUGGAGAAGAUUAAAGAUGAAUCGGAGACUGCAGUAAGUCAGUCUAACGCGAAGGAACAGGUUAAAUCGAAGGACGAUGCGAAAGAGAACAAAGAGGAGAAAGAUUCCGGGAAAAGGACCGCUAAGGAUGACGUUAAAGCUUCUGAAGAGAAGGCAACGAAGGUUGAAAGUCGAAAGAACGAACCUGAGAAGAGAUCUGAAGUGAAGAUCGAUUCAAGUGAAACGAAGAAAGUGGAUGCGAAGGAAGAGAAACCGUGGAAAAAGAAGCAAAAGGGUAAGGAACAAGCUGGUGCAGCGAAGGACAAAUCUAAUAAAGAUACCAAACCCACAAAGGUUGACGUAGGGUCGGAGCAAAUUAAGAAGACAAUUGAUGAAGAUAAAGUAGAAACUCCGAAACAGAAACACGUAAAACCAGAUUCAGUUGAAAGUGUUGACAAUUUGGAGCAGAUAAAGAAAGAAGACACAAAGGCUACGAAGCCUGUAAAAUCAGAUAAAACGCCUGAAACUAAAGUUGAAUCUAGGAACAAAGUGCAAAGCGAGCCUAAAGAGAAAGAGCCAAUGAAAGAACAGGAGAAGUCGAAAAAGAAUAAGAAACAGAAACAAGGCAACGACCAGGAGACUUCUAAAGUCCAGACACCGAAGAAACAGAGCCAACAGAAAGAAGACAAGAAAGUAGAACAGUCGAAACAAAAGAAAUCUGAAGAGAAAUCAGAAGUAACAAAAGAUGUGAAAUUGGAUGAAAGGGAAGAAGUUGAAGCAGAAGUUAAUGUAAAAACUCCAAAAGACGAUAAAGAUAAGAAACCGGCUGAGAAAGAGAAAGGGAAGGAGGAUGAUACAAAAGAACAGAAGAAGGAGGAUACUGUAUCGGAAGUAGAACCGAUGGCAGAUAUUAAAGAAGAACAGAAAACGGUAAUUAGCGCGUUGAUUCGCGUAAUAGAAUCUACGAUGGAGAUUAGAGAAAGUGAUGAGCCGAAACCAGAAACAGUGGUGCAGGAAAAUAUAGACGAAAAAUCAACGAAUAAACGAGAGAAAAAACAGAAUAAAUCUGGUGAAGAACAAAUGGUUGAGAGAAAGGAUUCGAAGAAAGAAUCGAAGCCAGAUUCUGCACAAAAGGAGGAACCGAAAAAGGUAGUUGAAUUAGAGAAACAGACGAAAUCGAAGGGAAAGAAAUCGAAGAAAGAACCCGAUGUUAGUCAGAAGCCUGCGCCUGAAGCGAUAAAGAUGACUGAAAAAGAAGAAAAGAAGAUCAUCGAUAAGCAAGUUAUCGAAGAGAAAUCAAUUAAAGAGGAAGAAAUUGUCACGGAACAAUCGAAAAAGGAAUUAAAAACUGAACCUGUCACGCCAAGUAAAGGACAGUCUGACAAGAAAAGACGAAAGAAGUCUAAGUCACCGACAAAAGCAAAGAAAGAAGAAGAUUCAAAGUCUGCGUUGCCUGUGGAAGAAAGGGAGAAACCUAAAGAAAAUGAAGUAGUAGAAGCGGCUAAAUUAGAAGGAAAGAAUGGUAAAAUCGAUAACGAUGGCAAACUGACAUCUAUAGAAGAAACGAGAAUUACAGGAGUUGAAGAAAAAAUUACUGCGAUCCAAACGGAAAAUCAGAAGGAAGAAAAUAUUGUUAGCGUAACAGAGAAGAGUGAAACACAACCUAAUAUCGAAAAGAGUAUUACGGGAGAAAAAUCUACAGAAUGCGUCGAAAUAUUUAUAGACAAAAAGACGGAAGAAACUGUAAAGAAACCAGAAGAACCUGAGAAAGUUGAAACUAGUGACGUGAAAAAGAAAGAAGGAAUUCUACUGCCUGAAGUACCGAAAACCGAUAGACCCGAAAUCCAAGAAGUUCCAGGAACACCAUCAAAGUCCAAGAAAGGGAAAUCAAAGGAAAAAGCAGUCACCGAAAAUAUCGCACCCAUUUCCGCGGUCGAGCCCAAAGAAGAACCCAAAUCCGGUCAACCAAGCACACCGAAGUCUGACAAGAGAAAGAAGAAGAAACAGGAGAGUAAAGACAAAAUCGUGGUCGAACUUCCACAACUAGAACAAACGAUAAUCACUGAGAAACCUAGCACAGACACGAAACCAAUCGAAGAAUCUGAAAAAUUAACGGAAACACCAUCAUUAAAACUCGUAACCCCACUGACAGAGUCUCGGAAUAAAAAGCAAGGCAAUGUUAAAAAUCCAAUUGAAAUGGAGAAAAUUUCAGUGACAAAGUCUGACGAUUCAGAAUCUCGCUCGCAAGAACUGAUUGAAAAUCCAAGUACAGAAGAAGAUUCUCUUCUUUCAAAGAACGAGAAAACUGCAAACGUUUCAGCCACUGUUUCACCAACCACAGAAUCAUCUUCAUUAGAGAAAUUGUCGUUGGUCGAGAAAACGGUUACCACGGUGACCAGCAACGUGCCUAAACCUGUCGAAGCGAAGCCAUCGGUCGAAAAAGUCGUAGAGAACUUAGAAAGUAUUCCCUCAUCCAAGGUCGUAGGCUCCAAACCCACCGAAUUAAUCACCCUGCGUCCUGAAACAGUAGAGAGUAGCCUAACAACCACCGAAUAUGCUAGGGUAUCGGAUGAUUCAGCUGUUGGUAUCCCCUGGAAAGCGUUAGAUACGUUAGCAGACGUUGACAAAUCAAUUUCCGAUUACACGGUAUAUCUUGAUGAUCUUGUUAAAGACGAUCAGCCGAUUCUGUUCGGUAGCGUUCAGGAUAGGAGGAGAGGUCGUUCUGGAACUCCGAAAUCUGUAGGAAGCGCGAGAGACGAGAGGGAGUUGGAUAAUUUCGAGAAAGAACAGGACGCGAAGGUUUUGCAGGAUAAAUCUAAGCACGAAGUUGAGGGUAAGAAGGAUAGGACGAGGGUUAAGGAGGAAGUUAAGAUUAUCGGAGAAGCUGCAAGUGUAGAAUCGAAAGAUUCAGGUGAGUUAGUGGUAGAGAGUGAAGGUGAAAUUGUGCAAGAGAAAGGAAGGAUGGGUACGGGACCGGAAGGGUCUCCUUCUGAUGUUGAACAGGGACAGGGAAAAGGAACGGGCAUGAUGUCGUUAGAAUUGGAAUUAAACACUCGUGAAGUAAGUAUUCUUCCUACUCAUGUAAGAGAUAUGACACCUGGUACAGGAUAUAUUCCCGAACCUGUAACUGUUGACGUUCCUAAGCUUGAAACGGAAAAUAUUGAGGAUAAAACAAGUGCGAUUGAAAAGAAGGUAGGAGACGUUGAGGAACGUAAAGUUGAUGAUUCUAAACCUAGAACGGAAGAAGUUACAGAAAAAGCAGUUCUACUUGAAGAGAAGAUAGUAGACUCUAAAAAACAAGACGUCCCUAUUAAAGAUGAAGAUUCUAAACCUGAAAAGAAAAAGAUUGAAGAUAAACCAAGCCAGAUUAAAACACAAGUUGCAGACUCUAAGAAACAAGUAGAAAUUUCUGUUAAAGGCGAAGAUUCUAAACCAGAAAAACAAAAGGUUGAAAAUAAACCAAGUCAGAUUAAAACACAAGUUGCAAAGUCUAAAAAACAAGCAGAAGUUUCUGUUAAAAGUGAAGAUUCUAAACCUGAAAAGCAAAAGGUUGAAGAUAAACCAAGCCAGAUUGAAACACAAGUUGCAGACUCUAAAAAGCAAGUAGAGGUUUCUGUUAAAGGCGAAGAUUCUAAACCAGAAAAACAAAAGGUUGAAAAUAAACCAAGUCAGAUUAAAACACAAGUUGCAAAGUCUAAAAAACAAGCAGAAGUUUCUGUUAAAGGUGAAGCUUCUAAGCCUGAAAAGCAAAAGGUUGAAGAUAAACCAAGCCAGAUUGAAACACAGGUUGCAGAAUCCAAAAAACAGGUCGAACUUUUCGUCAAAGAUGAAGAUUCUAAACCUGAAAGGCAAAAUAUUGAAGAUAAACCAAGCCAGGUUGAAACACAAGUUGCAGACUCUAAAAAACAAGUAGCAGUUUCUGUUAAAGGUGCAGAUUCUAAACCUGAAAAGAAAAAGGUUGAAGAUAAACCAAGUCAGAUUGAAACACAGGUUGCAGAAUCCAAAAAACAGGUCGAACUUUUCGUCAAAGAUGAAGAUUCUAAACCUGAAAGGCAAAAUAUUGAAGAUAAACCAAGCCAGGUUGAAACACAAGUUGCAGACUCUAAAAAACAAGUAGAAGUUUCUGUUAAAGGCGAAGAUUCUAAACCAGAAAAACAAAAGGUUGAAAAUAAACCAAGUCAGAUUAAAACACAAGUUGCAAAGUCUAAAAAACAAGCAGAAGUUUUUGUUAAAAGUGAAGAUUCUAAACCUGAAAAGCAAAAGGUUGAAGAUAAACCAAGCCAGAUUGAAACGCAGGUUGCAGACUCUAAAAAGCAAGUAGAAGUUUCUGUCAAAGACGAAGAUUCUAAAACUGAAAAGCAAAAGGUUGAAGAUAAACCAAGCCAGAUUAAGACGCAAGUUGCAGAGACUAAAAAGCAAGUAGAAGUUUCUGUUAAAGGUGAAGAUUCUAAACCUGAAAAACAGAAGAUUGAAGAUAAACCAAGCCAGAUUGAAACACAGGUUCAAGAGUCUAAAAAGCAACUAGAAAUUUCUGUUAAAGGUGAGGAUUCUAAACCUGAAAAACAGAAGAUUGAAAAUAAGCCAAGCCAGAUUGAAACACAGGUUCAAGAGUCUAAAAAGCAACUAGAAGUUUCUGUUAAAGGUAAAGAUUCUAAACCUGAAAAACAGAAGAUUGAAGAUAAACCAAGCCAGAUUGAAACACAGGUUCAAGAUUCUAAAAAGCAAGUAGAAGUUUCGGUUAAAGGUGAAGAUUCUAAAUCUGAAAAACAGAAUAUUGAAGAUAAACCAAGCCAGAUUGAAACACAGGUUCAAGAGUCUAGAAAGCAAGUAGAAGUUUCUGUUAAAGGUGAAGAUGCUAAACCUGAAAAGCAAAAGAUUGAAGAUGAAGCAAGUAAGAUUAAGACGCAGGUUGCAGAGUCUAUAAAACAAGUAGAAGUUCCUACCAAUGUUAAGGAGUCUAAACCUAUCACAAAAGAUAUUUACCCAUGUUACUUUACAGACUUGGUCAAACCCUACUGGUUCAAUUAUCGUCCUUACAUCGAGGCAGAGAUCAAUUUCCAUCGGUGUUUCAAAGUAGUAAAGGUAAUAGAAGAAAAUGUGCCUGCUUCUGCAACUCCAAGAUUGGAGAGUAUCGAAAGAAUUGCUCAAAAAUCGAUUAUGAAGGAGCCUAAGGAAGAAGAAGAGAAGUCAGAAGACACGGAGCAAUCUGAUGCUGAAAGCAGAAAACUUUCACUUAUCAAAGAAACUCUGAAAUAUCCUAUUAGCACAUUUUACAAAGUAGAAUCCGAAUGGGUAAUAUCUAAGCAGGCCAAAGAGAAAGAAGUUAUGGCAACUCCUUUGGAGGAAUCUAAUCUUACAAGCGUUGAAGUUGUGAAGGAAGCAAUGCAGAUUCAAGAAGAUAAAAAACAUUCCGAGGUAUUAGAUGCUCGAAACAUUUCAGAAAAAAUCAUUGACAAAGAGAAAACUAUCGCAGAAAUUACCACGGAGAUUAAAUCUACGGACAUGAUUUUGGAUCAGACGGCAGCUCUUAUCGAGGAUGUGAAUAAAGAGCUUGAUAUGAUGAAAAAAGAGAAGGAGCAGAGUACAACCGAGGUAAAAGUAGAAAAUAAAGAGGAAGGAAAAGAACCUGAGGUACGGAAGAAGGAGCAGCAAGUAUCUGAUAAAAAGCCGAAAGAGAAAUCAAAGAAAGAAAAGCAGCCGAAAGAUGAGAAGUCAAAGCCUAAGAAAGAAGAAAAGAAAGAAAUAACGUCACCGGUAAAAGAACCUGAAAUAGUCGAAAAGAACGAUAUUACGGAAUUAACCAAGGCUGUGGAACAACUUACUAUGAUUAUCCAUGAAGAAACUAAGGAAGCUUCAUUGGCAUUCAAACAGUCUGAAGAACUUGAGAAGGAAGAUAUUGCGAUUGUACAGGAGACAGAGUUGGCACAGACAACGGAACAACUUGUCACAAAAAUAGAUGAACCUUCGGCGGUUCAAAUUAUAGAUCGAAAAGAAGAAGAAAAGAUAGAAAAGAAUAUUACAGAAGAAGAACCAUUAAUCACGUUAGAACCAAAAAUUGAAGAACUAGUAAAACCUGCAAUCGAAUCUUCUGCAGUAGAGAAAGUAAAAGAAGAAACGAAAUUAGAAAAAGAUAAGAAGGAACAUGAAAAACAGAAUGAAAAGAAAGAAAUUGUUCCAGAACCUCAGAUCCUAAUUGAAGAGAAAAUUGAGAAGGAAAGUGAGAAGGUUGAAAAGCUUGUUUCUGGAAAGAAGAAAGUUUCUAAAGAAUCUAAAAAGAAAGAUGUUAAAGAGAUAACGAGAGAAGAAAAGUUAAGCUCUGAAGAAAAAGCCUUGCCGCAAGAAUCUAUCAGUGUCGUGACUGAAUCAACAGCAACUGAGAAAUCAAUGAAUGGCAAAGUACCAGAGAUAAAAGAUUCGAAUGCACCUGAAUCUCCAGUGAUGGAAAGCAAAAUUAAACCCUCGGAUAAGCCUAGGAAAGAAGAAGGAAGGACAAAAUCAGGAAAACAGAAACAGCCUAAAGAAAAGUCCGAUAUUAAAGCUACGUCUACCACAGAAAAAGAUGCAAAGAAACAAGAAGAACAGGAAAUUGCUUCACCAGAUUCGAAGAAGAAACGUGAUGGAAAAUCGAAAAAGGCAAAUGAAAUUCCAGCAGUGAUUCCUCAAGAAACACCGACUGAAGCUCCUUCGGAAGAAACUAAGAAAGAAGAAUCUCAAUCAGAAAUAAAAGAAAUAUCUAAGGAAGAAAUUCAACCGGUAUGCGCUAAAUCAUGGGCAUCCGUUGUUGGUAUGAAAGGAACUAGCGAUCUUCCUGCAGAAAAUGUACAAACUAUGAUAGUAGCUCCUCAAGAAUCGAUAACUGGAACACCAGAAUUAGGGAAAGUAGCACAGAUAGUAGAAACUGCGCCUGAAGAACCACAAAGUCCACAGACGCAGCAUAAGAAACAUCAAAAGAAGAAAGAUACGAAACAAGAAACUGAGAAGGAAAAUAUCAAGCCUGCUAUUCCUGAGAAAGUUGAAGAAUUAGAAUUAAAUAUGAAAGAUUCUAACAAAUCGUACGCUCAAGUAGCAGCUUCUAGCAAGGCAACUUCUCCACAAUCGAAUCAAGAAGAUGUUGUGUUACUUAAACCGAUUCCUCUUAUGCCUGAUCAAAGCUUGGAUAAAUUAAUCGAAGACGAAACAAUUACAUCUGGAACAUCAUUAAUAAUCACAGAAACUGCAGAGGUUGAAAAGGAAACAUUCAAACCUGAGGAAAUAGCAACAGAUAAAAAGUUGAACGAAUUAAUUACUGAACAAGACGUUUUCAAAAUGGAGUCAACUUCGUGGGUGGAAGAAAUUGAAAAAGAAGCAAUGGUGGAAGAAACUAGUUCCAUGUCGCCAAUUUCAAGCGCAAUAGUAGCCGAAACGCCACAGAAAAUGAAGGAUUCGUGGGCUACUAUUGUUAGUAAACACGCGGAACCGCUGGAACCACUCUCGUCACCCACUAGCGAAAAGAUUAUGAUGAAAAAACAACAAACUGUCGAACAAAAUUUAAAUCCCCAAAUACAAAUCCAUGUGGAAGAAGCUCCAGAGCCGAUAUCAAUCGAAGAAGUGGUUAAAAUCGACGAACAAGGUUUUAUGGAAUUCGUAAAUCGAAAAGAACUGCGAUCUAGACGAUCGAGAUCGCGAUCCAGAAGCAUCAGACGAGACGAAGCAAACUCGAAACAGUCGAGUGAUAAGCCUAUAGUUCCUGAAGAAAUUUUAGCAGAUGAACAAAAGCAGAUGGGCGCGCAAAAAGUGGAGGAACAGAAGAAAAAGGACGGAAACAAAGGAAAGGAGGGAAAAUCGAAGAAAAAGAGAGGUGAAGCAAAAUCGAGCAGUGCAGAUCGCAAUCAGGUGACAAAAGGUGAACAGGAAAAGGAUAGAGAGAACCUUCAGAAAGAAAAAGAUAAAGAAAAGACGAGUAGGAUCGAGGAAAAGGAUAUGAAGAAGACGGAGAAAGAAAGAAUAGAGCCAUUAGUCGAAGAGAAGACACAGAAACAGCCAGAAAAGAAAGAUACUAAGCAACAUGAGGGCAAACCGAAGACGAAAGAAGUUAAUUUGAGCCAAGAAAGCAAAGAAAAGGCAGGAGAGAAAGUUGAAGAAAAGCUUGAUGAGGAAGUGAAAGAAGUAGAGGUUGUGAAACCUGAAACUCCAGAAGUAGAUAAAAUAAUCGAAAUGGAUAAACAGAAUUCUAAAUCAGCAGAUAAGUGGAGAAAAGCAGAAACGAAGGAACAAUCUAUUGCUGGUUCAAAGAAGAGUAAGAAAUUAAAGAGAGGAAAAUCUGAUAAGGAACAGCCCAAAGAAGAACUAGAACAUAAAGAACAAACCAAACAACAAGAUGUUCAGGUAAAAGAAAUACAACUGAAAUCGGAAGAUGAAGUUGUGAAAGAACCAGAAACUAAAGAAGUUAAAGAAAUUCAAGAAAUAUCAACAAUUGCAAAAUCUGAAGCUGAAAGUAAACCUGAGAUUGUCGAAGAAAUUAAAUCUGAAAAAUCGAUGUCUCCAAGAAAACGUAAAGGAAAAUCUAAAGAAAAGAAAGUAGAGACAGUAUCAGGAAUUAGCGAAACAUCGAUCGAAGGAAAGAAGGUACCUGAAUCUAAAAUUAAAGAGGAAAUACCUGCAAAAGAGACAGAGGUUCAAGAAAUUAAAGAAGUUGAAGAAGAAGUAAAAAUUACAAAACCUGAAAAAUCGACGCCCACAGAGAAGCAUAAAGAAAAAUCUGAAGAAAAGAAAGUAGAAACGGUACCAGAAGGAAUCAUUGAAACAUCAAUUGAUGAGAAGAAAGUAUCUGAACUUGAGAUCAAAGAAAUAUCUGUAGAAAAAAUAAAGGACGAAGUAGAAGAAAGUGAAACAAAUCAAAAGAAAGAAGUUGAUUCUAAACCAGAUGUUACUGAAGAGAAAAAAGAAGUAUCUGCAAAGGAAGGAACUGAGGAGAAACAUGAAGAAGAACCAAUUAAGUCUCCGCAAACACCUGUUGCAGAAAUAAUUGUAGACACUAAAACAGAAACAGCAGAGGUAAAAGAUGAAGCUCAUGCAGACAAAAAGUUGAAACUUUCGAAAAAGGAGAAACGAAGGCAAAAGAAGAAAGAAAAAUCUACUACACGAGCAACCAGCGAAGAAAAAUUAGAAAAGGAAACAUCUGAGACGUUUGUUCCAGAAAAGGAAGAAGAAACAAUAACACUGGAAGAAGUAAAGCCAGAAGAAGUAAAGCCAGAAGAAGUAAAGCCAGACGAAGUAAAGCCAGAAGAAGUAACUAUUUCAUCUGAUGAAACCAAUCAAGAAAAAGAACUUAAUAAAAAACUACAAGAAAUUAAGAAAUUGAGCGCAAUCAUCCCUGAGGUGAUUCCUGGUGAAAUAAAGCUUGUUCCAGAAACUAUGCUUAAACCGAUAAUCAAGGAAAAGGCAAAACCAAGUAAAGAGGAAGCAGAACUUUUGAAAUCAACUGAAGAAAAGGAAAAAGUUUCAGGAGAAAUAGAAAGCUUUGCUGAAGACAAAAUGGAGACACAUAAACUAGUUACAGAUAAAUCUGAAACUCCCAAACCAGAGAUAGAUAAAUCUGAAGUGCCUAAACCAGAGACAGAUAAAGCUGAAGCAUUUAAACCGGAUAAAAUUGAAACACCCAAACCAGUGCCGGAUGAAGCUGAAAAAUACAUAAAACAGAAAGAAGAACCAACAUCAACUUCGAAAGAAAAAUCAAAACGUAAGAACAAACAGGCGAAGAAAGGUAGACGCGAAGAACAAGAAUCAGCAACGAAGUCUACGGAUGAAGAAGUUCAAUCGCCAAAGGAUGAGAAAGAAAUUGAAAUAUUAAGCACAGGUUCUACUAUUCCAUCAACUCCAGAAACUCCAAAUGAAACAGUCGAUCAAGAGAAAGACGCGACGAUACCUGAAGAGAAAAUAGAAUCAGGUGCACAAUUGAAUAAGUUGGAGAUUGAUGAACCAAGGGUCGAGGAGGUUAAGAAAGAUGAGAAAGAAGCGAAGGAUGUCUUGCAGGAACAAGUUGUUUUGAAAGAAACAGUUAUACAAGAAAGGACAGAAACAUCUGCCAAAAGCCGAGAAGAAGUCGAUCGUCUAGAGAAAACCGAAGAAAUUCCAGAAGCUCAGCCUCUAGAAAAGAAAUCUACGAAAGAAGAAAAAUCUAAAACGAAGAAAAUUAAAGAUAAGAGACAGGAAGAGGCAACUAAAGAUGUCGAGAAAAAGAUAUCCGAAGAGGACCCAGUAAUUUCCAAAGAGGAAAUACUAGACAAAGUUUCUGAAGUUAAAACAGAUAAGGUCGUUCCACUCGAGACAAAACCGGAAGAAACCAUUAAACCUGCUGAAGUAAUAGUGAAUGGUAAACUAACAGAAGAAGAUGACAAAACUGAGAAGGAAGUAACAGAAAAGAAGACAGAAGAAAUCGAAAAGGUACAGUCAGGAAUUGUAAAAGAACUCGAAAGUAUAAUGCAAGAAACCGAUCAGCUUCCACAACGAGAUAUAUCAACGGAAAAAUUAUUACAUAAAAUUGAGUCUCCCAUAACCAUAGAAUCGAUUCAGUCUCAACUAGAAACCGAAGAAGAAUUCGAAAAAUGUAUAUCCAGUGAACCAGAAAUAGAAACGGUAGAUAUCGUGGUGGAGCCCGUGAAACCAAAAGUACAAUUCUAUAUAGCCGACGAAAUUUUAGUUCUAAGUCCGGAGAAGAAAAAACCCGUACAAACUCCCCUAAUCUUAAAAACCCUGUCAGAACUCAGUAGAUCCAAAUUCCUUUCUCUUGAUAGCGGUUUUUGGCCGGACAAACACCCCUAUCACGAGGCUGAACGCUACCUGUUCGAAAAUUUGGCUAACUAUCCGAUGGAAAGUCUUUCCGACGAUGUCAAACGCGAUUCUAACGAUAAAGAUGAUUUCGACGGGGAUCAGGGCGGUGGUAAUUUGAACGAACGCGGCGGUAAUGGUGGUCCCUUGAAUUCUUAUUUCAUGGGUGGACCGCAUACCGAACGUCUGAUCGCCGAUCUCCCAGGUGGUAUAGGUAGCUGGACCGAUUACAGUACUUACUUGUCGAGCGAGAACGAGCAGAGAACGGACCAGUCCACCGAUCUGGUUCAGGAAAAGAUCGAGAAUCCAAUGUCAGAUCCAAUAUACCCCUCCGAUAAUUUACUUUCUGAGUUAUCCUCUGUCCAUCUCAAGGACGACCAGUCUAUUUCCAAAUUCGACGAACUGUCGUUGGAGUGUGACGUUCCUACAACGUCAGAAAAUUCUGAAGAUGUAACAUUAUUGUCACUGUCCACUGUCGAAGUAUCCGCUUCUGGCGAACAACCCCUAAAGCUCGAUUACAAGACCGUGAGCCCGGAUCAACUAUCAGAGUCCACUUAUUCCGAUCCACGUGAGUUAUCCCCAACACCAGGCAUCCCUGACCAUGAUCCAGAUCCCAAGAAACAUUUAGGUAGAGAAAAAGGAUCGAUGCAGCGGCGCACUCCAAUCGUGGAGACGGAGAGAGAGAUGGGGGUAACUGAAGAUGAGGCUGAAAAGAGGAUACGAGGGAUCAAGGAUAUCAUACAGGAGCGCCUAAUGGUUUUACAGUUGAGUCUUUCGAACCUAAAGGGAACUUACUUGCCACGAGAUAGCAUAGACUCUAUGCUGUCUGCAAUCACGAAUUUACUAACGGAGCUCCAAGGAUACGAUCAGGAAGUGGGUCAUUUAGAAGAAGAAUUGUGUAAAAUUCCAGCCGAUUUGGAAGCACAGAAGCUUCUGUCGAGUCUAGAACAAGUUCAGUCUCGCAUCGCCACCCUUUUAUCGCAAGCGGAACAAGGACGCGCUUCUUUGGAAAGAGCGCGUGGACAACAAGAACAACGCGGCCACGAUAUCCACGAAUACAAGAAAUUCUUGGAUGAAACGGAUAACUGGCUGAAGAAUAUCGUGGCUGGUAUGAAGCAGCAACAACCGACUACCAAGGCUUUACAGGACGAGCUGAGCAGUCACGCGCAGCGGGUGUCGGAGCUUGAAUCGUUGCCAGAAAUCAGCACGCUGGCAAAGGUCCUGAAGAAUGCGCUGUUGGAAGUGAUGUCGCGACUGCAGCAAAGGCAGCAGGAGGUUUGCGAUGAAGAGGCGCAAGCGGACGAAACGUCAGACCGAGAUGAUGCCACCCUCGAUCAGGCACCCUCCAUUCAUUCGUCCCUCGAAACUAGUAUGCCAUCUCUAGCCGACGUUUCCCUGCAAACAGGACAAAGUCUGUUAGCGAACAUCGUCGAGAAACCACAACAACUGACCAAACAAACGUCAACAAAUAAAAUGCCAGUUUCAACGGAAUGUCACUCUUUGACCACGCAAACCAUGGACAUAACACACCCUAACAUCGAAAACAUUCAAACCCAGGAAACGAUAAAGAUUCUAAAAACCACAGAAGGUGAUCACGAUGUGAUCGAGAUAGCCACGAAGAACGUACCUUCCUCUUCCACUCAGGAAAUCGAUCAGGAACAUGCUGAAGCGACAGCAGAGGACAUCGUCGUUGAUAUGAAAUAUCAAGAUCCUACGAACGCUGACAAUACCACCAGUGAGUUAAACAUCGUUCACGCUGCUCCACAAUCGUUCGAAACUGUCCUGGUCGAACCAGAUGACGUGACCACCGAAGUGGUAGUAGACGAAGAUGGUUCGAAGAGGAUAAUAGUAAGAAAAUUGAGACGAACCACGAUGACUAGCAGACAAACCACUCAACAACACUUAUCGUCCACGGCCACGGCGAUUGGAGACGCGCCAUCCGUGGUGCAAGCUUUCUCAGAGGCCACCAUGAAGGAUCAACAGGUCACGGUGACUACUACGAAGCCAGAUGGUACGAUAGAAACCACGACAAGACAGAUCCAUGGUGGAAAAGUAACUACUGGCACUCCUUAUAAAGAUGUAAAGGUGGAGGAAUACGAAUUAGCGCCGCAGUAUACGCACAUGGUGACCCAAGGUCACGUUCGAGACAUCAGCCCACAACCUUUCGAGGAGGGACUGCUGAUGGAAAGUGGAGAAUAUCGGGCGCAAACGUCGAGCGUGCACGCCGUGGUACAGCAAGUUACUAGAAGAGUGAUUAGAAAGACUAGGAGGAUUAUUAGGAAAAUUACGAUUGUGGAUGGUAAAGAGACUACUACCGAGGAGAUCAUAGAAGAGCCCGAAGAAGUGGAGAUCGAUGAGAAGAAUAUUCCGCAUAUUAGCAUCAACGUUAUUAAACAGGAGGAACAGAGACAGUUUGGAAGUGAUGGAGCAACAGGUGAAGAGAAGACACCGGAACGCGUUUUGGUUGAAGAAGUCACUGAUAAGGAAGAGAAAGAUUUGAAAGUAGAAAAGAUCGUAACCGACGACACACCCAUGCAAGGACCGUUCUUUGGAGCAUUUGCUAAAGACAUGCAUCCCAGCACGGGAUAUAUAGAAACAGAACCAUUGGAAGAAAAGCCAUUAAUUGAUAUCAAAAAAGAUAUUCCAGUAACCGAGAAGAAAAAAGGAAAAGCUGUAGAUGUAGCUAUUCCAACAGAGAAGACUUUGGAGAGUCAAGUGGAACCUUCGAUAGUGGAUAUUCGAAAGGAACAAUCUCCACGAACUCCUGAAGAAUCUUUAUCGCAAAUUCACCUUGAUGACAAGAGCUCAAAAUUGGAAUUCGUUGAAAGGAAACCUGAACCAGUGGACAAGUACGAGCAGGAGCACUUCCUGGUCGAGGUAAAAGACAAAAAGUUGCUUCCGUCGGCCAGCCAGGCGUUCAUCGAUGCUGAAGUAUCUGCUGUAUUGCAGAGUCCCAUCGGAGAGAUCAAGAUACGCGAGACACAGGUACAGCAAGAGUUAGCGAAGUCUUCGAUCGAGUCGAUCGUAUCGGACGACAUCACUAAAGCGACCUGUAAGUCUGUCGAUGCACCAGUAAGCAGAGAAACACCCGGUAUCGAGCUAGAAGGUCGCACGGUAGAUGUAGAAAAGCACGAUGACACUAUAGGCACCGUAGAUGUACUAGAGGAAAAGCCAUCGAUCGAAACGGCGACGACAGGAGCACCAGAAUCGUCGCUAGAAUUUGCAUCAACGGAACUACAAAAGAUAGUUGACGUUUCAGAAGUGCAACCUAUACAGAUCGAAGGGGCAGCUUCGACGAUUCCAUCGAUGGAGUGGGAGAGGCACGACGAACCGGACAUCUUACCUAUACACGUGAAACAGCAGAUAGUGAAGAACUCGUUCAUUCCGGAGAUCGAUUAUUCGGUCGACGACUACAUGGACGAAGCACUGAAACCGGAAUACAAACCGAUCUUCCAUAAAGUGGAGAUAUCUCUGGGUGUGAAGAAGGACGGCGAAGAGAUGCAGCCUACGGUGGAGGUGAAGAGUCAGACUGAACCGGAAGCAGCUCCUCAUCGUAUAGUGAAGGAAGACGUCAACAUCAGUUUACCUGCAGACAAGGAGAGCAAAUUAAUUAUUCACGACAAGAUCGUACAAACUUCUCCACCGGUUGCUGAGCCUACGAUUGUCAGCUUGGACAAGUAUGUCGGUCUCUCAGAAAGAACAAUGAUUACCUCGGAUAAGUUUACUAUUACAUCAGAGAAAGAGGAAACUGACAAGUCUGUUAUCUGUUCGGAAAAGGAAGGAACUUCUGACAAUGUGAUUACGUCGGAGAAAGAAGACGAGUACCAGACGGAACCCGCGAUAGAACCUGAAGAGGAAAACUUUGUACCGCUGGUUGAGAAGAUCGAAGAAGAGGUUAAGUCACCUAUGUCGUCCAUGGAGACGAAAUCGAGCACUUCUCUGGUAUCCAAUAUUGCAGAGUCUAUAGAGAUCGACGUCGCGUUAUCUGAUUCUUCGAAACAUAUCAGCGAAGCGCCACAGCCUGAUAUCACGAAGAUGUUCGAAUCCAGGGAGCUAGAGACGUUGCCGAAAGACGAAACAUCGGAAGGGGAAGACGGUUAUGAGGCGGACAGAACGAUAAUAUCGACGACAACGCCGGAUGACGAGAGUGUGAUGAGGAUGAAAAAGAAGAAGAAGAGGAAGCAGAGAAUACGAGGCUUCAAGGACGAAGAGCAAACGGAAUUCCCAGAGACUAGCUCUGACGAUGAAGAAUUCACUGAUGAUCUGGCGCCGAUGGAGAGCGAGUACGCGAAAGCUACGAAGAAGAAAAAGAAGAAAAAGAAGCGUGCAGACGUUGACGUAGGUAAAGACAAAGCUCCAGCCGUCACAUCGAACGAGGCGGACACACAGACUGUUCCUCAAGCGUCCAACGUUUCUGUUGCUACAUCGCCAAAGCAAAACGAGAUAUCAGAAAUUUAUAUUCAAACCUCGCCGCACUUAUUAGAGGAGACCAAGACACCAGAAAUCGUAGAAGUUCACGAAGAAACGCAAACUUCUUCAAUUUCGCUCGAAGAUUCGGGAAAGAUCGAAACACCAAAAGUGGCAGAAAUUCACGCAGAGAUGCAAACGUCUCCGUUGUCUGUUUUGGACUUUAGCAUGCAAACUACACUAGAAAAGGAACCUGAAAAAUCGAUUACGCAACACUCUGAAAUGCAAACGUCUCCAUUACCCGCUUCAGAUUUUGGCGCUCAGGCUGUUACCGAAGAGCCACCUCAGAUAGAAGAAACGAGCACUCAAACGAUAGAAACUCCUGAGAAGAGAAUGGAAGAGUAUGCUGUUCAAACUAGUCCGAUCGAAGAUACUACAGAAGCCAUCGUUCCAAUCGAAACUGUAGAAAUUCAGGUUCAAACCGUAGCAACGGAUGUAGUUUCUAUCGAGGCACAAACGUCGCCGACUGCGCCAUCAACGGAGAUGGAGACACAAACAGCAGAGAAAAUGGUUGUCGCUGUUGAACAGCAGACCACUCCACCACCAAUUGAAGAGAAGAUUUUAGCUGGAAUAGCUACUCAAACUGUGACUCCUGAAGCACCUAGGACCAUAGAAACAGAAGCACAAACUAGCAAGCCAACCAGUCCAGAAAUAGUUACGUUGGACUUCAAUAUCCAAGCGGAUUUGAUAGAGCAUCCUUCUGUCGAGAUAAUGGAAACGCAAACGACCCCAGGAGAGAGUCCGCGGCAGGCAGACACUCAAGAAACUGAAUCACAGACGAUGUUGGCCGGGCCAACUCAAGAAAUCAUGAUACAAACCAGUCCAGUUACAUUUUCCCCUGAAAAAGUAGAGGUUUGCGAACUGUCUUCUCAGACCAGUUUGGAAGAGAAGAAACAAUCGAUGGAUGAACAGUCUCAGACCGUCACACCGGAAAAGAUAAAGACGUUGGACACCUCAGUACAAAUAAAGACGUGCGAAUUGUUCGUACAAGUUGAGGAAGGUGUACAAAUCAUUCCCGAAACUCGCGAAGAUGGCGCGCAAACGAGCGUCGAAGAAGAGAAACCGUUGUUGGUGACGGCUUCACAGCAAACAAAUAAUGUAUUACUAGUACCUCGAGAAGAAACGGAAGUGGUUAAAGAUGAAGAAGGCAAUGUGAUAGAGGCCACGAUGGACGUGGUAGAUGCAGAGGUAAAGAUGCCUCUAAAACUUACAGAAAUUCCAGUAGCACCUGAUGUACAAGUACAAGAAUAUAAAGAAUACCUGGAUACGAAGAUCGAGGAAAUAACAGAACCGGAAUCUGUUAUGAAAGAAACUAUUCAAGAGGAAUUCAAGGACGAACAGAAUCUCCCUGAAAAGAUAGAGAAAUCAGAAAUUGAGGAAUCGGUAGCUCCUUCGAAGGCAGACACCGACACCACGGAUGCUGAAUUUAAAAUCCGUUUGCAGGCAACCAUAGAAUUCCCAACUAGCGACACUACUACCGAUACUGCGAGUAAAUUCACUGAUAGUUCGCAGGAUACGACUAUUACAGAGGAUUUAAGCUCUGCAGGAAAGAUAGACGACAGCGUUGGAAGGAGGCAGAAACGGAAGAGGAAACACAAGACCAACGAAACGUCCGUAACGACUGAAAAGGAUCUGGAAUCCAUAUUUGGACAACCUGUAGAAUCGCGAGAUGUGUCUCUAAGAUUGUCUUAUUCCGAUGUUACCAAGAGAAACGUGGGUAAAGAAAAGUCUGCCUCCGGUGAAUCUGGUUUCCUCGAAAGAGGCUUUGACGAAGAUGAUACUAAAAUUGUUCCGGACGAAAAGGUAGACGAAGAAAUUGUACAAAGCACAUCAUUGACAAUGAUUGAACCAAUAGCGAUUAAAGACGCGCAAGAUGUAUGGACGUUAGUCAAAGAUGAAGCAGAAGGCCAACAAGCGUCAACUGUUCCACACAUGCCUUCACCUGAACCGAUGGACACGACCGAAGAACCAUUUUCUCCUGUAGAAUCAGUAGAAAUUUUGCAGGAAGAUGACCGGCCACGAAUCAAAACUUAUGCGGAUAUCAUCAGUGAAUCUUCGAAAAAACCAGGAAGAGAUCAACCUUCGUGGGAAUUGUCCCAUCACGCGAUACCACAGAAGAGCGCGAGUUCGAAAGCUUUCUUGUUAUCUGAAACGACAGAAUAUGAACCUCAACAUCAAAUCACGCAGAGCAAUCAAACAACCAAAGCGAUCACUGACCGAAUGCAGAGCCUUCGAAACGCUAAACAACCGAGUCAUCUAGGAAACAUUCUUCAUAUAGCUCAUCUGGAUAAAGUGGCAAAUGAGAAACUAGCUGAAGAACGAGCUGCAGACGUGAGGAAGGAACUGUCUCACUUGAGAGACGCUGCUCAAGAAAAAGACGCGAUUGCCGUUGAAGAAACUCUGGUUGUCAUCGUAGAUACGAUUUCCACUUGGUUGGAAACCAUCGAAUACAGAAUUUUCUUGAGCAAAGAGUGCCCCACUGGUCCCUCUCACGAUGAUAAAACUUACGUUGAACUGAAGGACGAAGUGGAAAAUGUGGAAGAGAAUAUUCAGGAGCUUAAUAAUAUCUGGAAAUUAGUGGAGACCAGUUAUCCAGGGGAAGAUAGGAAAAACUUGCAGGAAUGUUUGAAUGCUCUCAUGACUCAGGUUAAGAUGAUCGAAGAGGCGACCGAUGAUGGAGAGAAACAACUUACGAGUGAGCUCGCUAGGUGGGACGAAUUUGUGAAUGGAGUGAACAAUAUGUACAGAUUAAUCGAAGAACAACGAAAACUGCUGAACGAAAUCAUCGAGCUCGAAGCAUCCACAAAAUGGAAGCUACAAGAGCUGGACAAACUGGAAAAUAUGAACCGGUGUCACAUGUGGAAGACAGCAACGUUACUUACCACUUCGCACGAAUUGCUACGCGAUUAUCCUGGGAAACAUAUUCCAGAAGAGACCUAUGCGGCUCACGAGAUGACCAAAAUAAUCGAGCAUGGAAUAUGCAUCGAACGUGAACGUCUCCUACAAUUAUUAGCCUUGGCUGAAGAGUACGAGCAAACUCUUCGAGAAUUCGCUCAGAUCACCGAGAUCGCGGAGAAUUUAUUAGAGAGUCCUAUCUCGGUGAUGAGUUUAGAACAUUUACAAGAGGAGAUGCAGAAGCAUAGAAAGUUCUUCGUGAAUCUAAACCAUUGUCGAGCAAUUCUGGAGUCGCUGGAAGGAAAUUUGGACCCAGAAACCAGAACUAAAUAUUCAGAUCUUCACGAAGAACUGCAUAGCAGAGCUAUAUCGUUGCUAGAUCAGGCUGCAUCUAGAGCUCAGCAAAUGGCUCUGGCUGCGUCUAGGUGGAUUCUUCUGGAACAAGGGGUGAAAGAGGAGAGAGGAUGGCUCCAAGUUGCUCAUCAACGAGUUCCUGAUCUCCAGACUGUGACGUCGUCUGAUUAUGACCAGUACAUCUCCUUAUAUCAGUCUCUGGCAAUGGACGUUGCGACACACCACGCUCGGCUUAUUCAGCUUCUGAACGUGGCACGCAAUCUUCAAGAAUUGGUGAACAUCGAAGAUCCCGAAGAUCGUUAUGGCGAAGCCUUAGACGUUAUCGUGAAGCUUCAGGAUAACGUAGAGUCGUCGUUGAGGAAAUUGUUGGCAUUUAGAGAAAGUUGGUGCAAUCAGGAAGCACUAAUGAACCGUUUGGAGAACUGGAUGACGUCGGUGGAGAAGGAAUUGGUCAGUAUCCGCGAUCCUUCAGGAGGCCAUAUACGCCAAUUCUGGGAAUUGAAGGCGCAAUAUGAGGUGCACAACAACAUUCGAGAAGAAGCUAGCAAUAGCUUCGAGCAAGCCCUGAGAAUAAUUCCCUUAUCGGACGAGAUGUUGCAAAGGCAGUUCCAUCGUGAGGUUCAAGAUCGUUGGAGCGACGUCUCGCAGAAAAUAAACGACAUUCAAGAGCAAGUAACUCGAAACAUUUCCUCCGAAGACAUUUCGUCCAACGAGAAACUAAAACUCCUCGAGCGAGAACUAAACGAAUUACGAAUAACCGUCGAUGGUUUUCACGGUGUUCUAAAGACGGAAGAAGAACUAGAUCUAUACAUCGAACGUUUGACAGUCUUAUUCGAUAGGAUCUGCUUGAUCCAAGACGAGCUAGGUCGCCUAGGCUUGCUUCCCGUAGCAGAGAGCGAGAAGGUCGGUGUUCUACUGUCUUCGGCUCGCAGAAUAGAGAGCCAAAUUAGCGAAGAGUUAGACGCAGCACAGUUGCUGAGGGAAAGGCUUCAGGCGAUCCAGCGUGGCCUUAGUCGCGUUAGAAAAGCCCAUCAACGACAAUCGUCUAUAUUGGAUCAAUGCGAGGGAAGCGAACAACAGGGAAGCGAAGUGGUCGCAGCUGCUGUGGAUCGAUGUCAAACUGUCGCCGACGAACUGGCGAUUUUAUGGCAGGAUAUCAUGGGCCUCAGACAAUUAUUACACACUCUACCAACAGUAAUGAGAGUCUCGGUAUCGCCAGUCAGCGUCGAACGAGAUAUUUCCAACCUUCAAGACACUCAUACAGACUUAGAAGCCAGAUGUUCGCGAUUGUUAACGUUGUUGAAGAACAGGCUCGCUUUAUGGAGAAGAUUCGAGAAACAGUUGGAGAUGGUACAGCAAUCGGUUCAAGAGGCUGACUACAUGAUGGAAUUGUUAACCGUGCAAGGAUCUGUCGAUUAUGAAAGACUACUGAAAGCUACCGAAAGGCUAGAGGGUCUGAGCGGUGAUUUGGGCGCGCGAGAAGUUCUCAUUGGCGAAUUGCGAGAGGCUGCCGAACCUCUGCGGGAGGGUUGCGCUGCAGAGGUCCGCGAGAAGGUCGAAGCAGCGGUAAAUGAGGCCGUACAAGCCUGGGAGGACACCAGGGCCGAAUUAGAUGCCCUUUGCACCAAGUAUCAGCACGCGUGCAGAUUGUGGCAGCAGUACAAAGACUCGAGUGCCGCUGUUAAGGCCUGGGUGGACACGCAGAUGGACAGCGUCGCCAACCUGCCACCUGAAGAGGCCGUCAAACACAUCAAGAUUUGCGAGGAAACGAUGGCGGAACACAAGGAAAGGCUGGCGGAGCUUCAAGGGCUGGUGGCGCAGAUCGCGUCGAACGUCGGUCUGGACGCGAGUGGACCGUUGAACUGCGAAGUGGAGGCACUCGGACAGCGUCUGGAUGACAUCCGUGAAACUUUGUCGUGUCUAGCGGAUGCGGCAGACGCCCGUGCCCUCAACCAGGAGCUCACACGUGGCGAUUUAUGUCAGACGAAAAAUUUCCUGGACUCGGUCCAACAGAGCCUCACCUCGGUGAGCCAAGGCGAGUCGAAGGAACAGUUGAAGCUCCUCCGUAACCAUCUUCUCGCGCUCACGUGCACGGAACCACAGCUACAGUCGAUCAAAGAACGCACUCUGGAGGUGUCGACGCAGGAACUAUCCGUAGUCGAGGUACUGCAACGAUGGCAGAACGUGUUCAGAGAAACCUUCCAACAGUAUCACCGUUUAUCGGCUCAUCUAGUCAAAACGCAGGAUGGUGCGACUGCCCUGAAACUCUGGCAGGAGUAUCUGUCCGACGUGCAAGAUUUCCUAUCUAACGACGUGUCCGGGGACUACAACGGUUUAUCGAAACACAGAAACAUGUGCGAGGUGCAUCGAAAUCUCCUGACCGACCAACAGAAUCUCAUUCUCACCGUUCGAUCGGAAGAGGGCAGUAACUUAUCGACAACGGAACAAUUCAACAUCCUGACGAAUUUGCACAAUGAAACGUUGGCUACAAUUAUGGAAAGACACGCGGCGGUGCGUGACAGAUUGGAUGCGUGGGACAGGUACAAAUCGGACCAAACUAAAUUGCUGUCCUGGCUAAAGGAAAUAGAAAGAGAACGAAGCCAGUUACACCUUCGAUUCAUCCAAUUACAAAGGCUAAACGAAAUUCUUCAGAGGAUACAGGCACUGCUGGAUAAAAUAGAGCAAGGCAAAUCUCAAUUGGAGUCUCUGCAAGAACAACAAGAAACUUUGCUCGUGAACUGUGACCAGACACUAGCCAUGUCCAUUCGAAUGGAACUUGCAGCUCACGCUCAAAGGAUCGCCAAUCUUAGUUCCAGUCUCGAAAUCUGGAGAGACUACAUACCGAGGAUACAAAAAUUGUAUGCAGAAUACGAAGAACAGGCGAAGCACGUCACGACAACGUUUUAUGAAAUUGGUCAAACUCUCAGCACAGCGUUCCACGCGAGGCCUGCCAGUUUGUCGAAUACCAAGCAGCAGCUGGAAUCUAUUCAACAACUGCAAAACAGACUAGCUGGCAUGACCACGGAUUUAGAGUCGCUGUGUGUAAUCACAGAACAGCUGAGGGAGUGUCUGAGUCCCAUCGAUAUGAAAUCGUUGAAUCAACAACAGGCGCUUCUUCGGUUGCAGCACGGAGACCUCGAACACCAGACCGCGUUGCUUAUUUGUAGGUUGGACGAACGUUGCGACCUUUACGAUCGUUGGAAGGAUAGAUCGGCCAGGUUACUUACAUGGAUAGACGAGACUGAGAUCAGAAUUCAAGACUGUGACACAAUGGCGCCAAACGAACCUCAGGAGACCCUGAAGAGACUGGAGUGUGAUCUGCAAGCGGAUAUCGCGUUGAAACAGCUAGAACGUUUGUGGAUACAGAACACUGGUCAGGAUCUGAUAGAGGUAGCCGAGGAAGAGGAAAGCGAAAGGCUACAGCGAACUCUAAAUGAAGUGAACGAGAGAUGGGAACGGUUGCUGGCUAUGGGCAAAUCUAGAGCCAGUAAAUUGGUUGAUUUGAUGAGAACUAUGGAUACGUUGGAGAAGAGGAUAAGCGAGUUAAGGAGCUGGUUGGCCAGCGUGGAGUCUCAAUUAUCAGAGACGUUCGUGAUCGAGGAGAUCACUCAGAACUGCAUCGACAAGAAGCUCGACGAUCACGAACAUCUUCAGAAGACGAUCGAGGCAGAAAGCGGAAACAUCGGCGAAGUGUUGAAUCUUUGCGAAAUUCUGUUGAGCGACUGCGAUGCCUGGAAGACUUCCUUCAACACGGACGCGAUAAAGAAUGGAAUGGAAGGCUUGGAGCGUAGGUGGACAGCGACCUGCGUGAAAUCUGCAGAGAGGAAAGGGAAGAUCAUUCUCGCAUGGAAAAUUCUUCAAGAACUGGAGAAGAUCAGAGCGGAACACGAGGACUGGCUCGAAGAAAUCGACGUGGCCCUUUCAGAAUUGGAGAACAACCUGGAUGAAGUUUCCAAGGAAGAAUCGAAGAAAGCCAUUGAGAAAACCAGAGGCAUCUUCGAUGAUAUAGAGGCGCACGAAUCGGUGAUCAAGAUAAUCGAACAAAACUUUAGUCGUUUAGCUAGGACAGGUCUGGAACCAGAUAAUCUAAAGUCGCUUAUCAGCGAGACUAGACGGCUUAUCGAUAAGUGGCAAACGUUGAAACCUCGAACGAACGCUAUUUUACUGGCGCUCCAACAGGGACAGAAGAAUUAUCGAGAUUUCAUCACGGUGCACGGCGCGGCGGUCGUCGGAUUAACGCAAGUCGACGUUCGACUGACCACGACGCAACAUUUAGCUACGUUUGAACAAAAGUCCUCGACACGUCGAAGACUACAACAGUUGAACGAGAUCGAAGAAGAGCUUCGUACGCAGAACCUCACAUUGCAGAAAGCGGAUGAGUUGGCGUUGAAGGUUAUGCAAGAAUGUCAUCCGAAUGACGUGGCAACUAUCCAAGAGCUGGUGGACGAGUAUCAGCUGCUAUGGAAAGACAUAAAGAAGAGAGUGUCUUCGUUGAGAGCGGAAAUCGAGGGACAAGAGAAGUUGGAAGUUGACGAAGCUGUGCAGGUGGAGACGUUGAAAUUCGAACAGGACACUGCUGUUCAAGUGGACACUUUGCCGAGGAUAGUGAGAAUGACGUCUAGCGAUGCCUAUCUGAUAGAAUUGGAAGCUGCUCUGAUUGAGUGCAACCAUGCUUUGGAUACGCUGGAAAUAGCAGUUAGGCCGGAUCCUGUCGCUGGACCAGGAUUGAACACAGCUGCUAAGAAUAUCAGUAAACUAAUUGGAAGCUGUCAAUCGUCGAUCGAAUUGGUUCGUCACUUGCACGGUUUGCUCAUUGAGGAUGGAAAAUUAAACGCGCAGGUUGCCAAGGCGAACGAAGUAGCGGCGUUGACGAACAGAUACGAAAAUCUGUUAAUCCUGGCGAGAACACGAGAACAACAAAUCAGAGAACUCAGCGAUAAUGGUAGAUUAACCUGUCCCUUAUGUUCGCGCCGUAACUGGGCUCAAUUGGAGAACGAUCUCUGGAGAUUAGAAAAAUGGCUGGAAUUCGCAGAAGGCACGCAAAGUGAACAACAUUCGCCACCAAGCAACAUAGAACAAUUGGAGGAUGUCAUACAAAAUCACAGAGAAUUUGUACUCGAUUUGGACAGUCAUAAGAGUAUUCUAGUCAGUCUGAACACUGUCGGCGCUCAUUUAGCCGAUCACACGGAGGAACUGUGUCGAGCGAUGCAACUCAGAGACAGAUUAACCGUCGCAAACACGAGAUGGGAGAAGGUGUGCAACGUGACAACACAUUGGGAGGAACAACUGCAAGUUGCGUUGAUGUCGAACCAGCAAUUCCAUUGUAUUAUAGAGGAACUGCUUACCUGGUUGGAGAAAACGGAAAUUAGUAUACGAGCCAGCGAACCGGUCGACUUGACCGAGUCACCGGAAAUUAUGACCGCCAAGUACAAUAAAUUCAGAGAACUGAGGAGCGAUCUGGAGCGGUGCGAGCCCCGAGUUCUGUCGCUUCAAGAGUCGGCUAAUCAAUUACUAGACGAGAAAGGCGAAACCAGAGCACGCCUACAGGAAUUGCGACUCAGAUUGCAGUCCCUUCGCCGACUGACUGGUAUAUACGCCUUGAAAUUAGGGGCAGCUUUAGGAAUGGAUCCACGAGAUAUUGGACUCGCAGCCACAACUUCUUCUCUCGCGUCCCUCUCUCACGAUCUACUCGACGAAGCUGCCUCUGGAACCGCUCAGCCCCACGACGCACCUGGCACAAAUGGUGACAAUGGCGAACGUACGGUAUUAUCUCGGGGAUACCGUUUCCUGGGCCGAGUAUUGCGAGUAUCCUUGCCGAUCCAGGCGCUGAUGCUGCUGCUCCUCGGCGUCGCCUCGUUGGUACCAUCCGCCGAAGAAGACUACAACUGCAUGCUGUCGAACAACCUCGCCAGAAGCUUCACGCCAAUGGUCGUCUAUCCGAACGGGCCACCUCCUAUCUAAUGAUAAAGAAACCUAAUCUCGGACGCACCGAUUUCGUAGGGCCCAGAAGAAUGUUCAACCGAAAUAUUCAAAGAAGUCGCGGGAAGCGGAAACGCGAGAUCGCGCACGAUCUGCGUACAUAUGUACCUACUUAACUAGUCUGUCAUAUGGCGAUCCAUUGAUGCAAUCGAUAAGAGAGAUCAAUAAUAGAUCUGUUAUUUUUUUUUUUCGUAUGUCAAAAUUCUCCUCGAAAUGGUCGCACGUUUAAGCAGAACUAUAACGUUCGACUAUCUUGAUGAGAAAGAAGAAAAAAAUGGUCAGACGCAUUCUUCUAUAGACGAUGAGUUUACACGUAAUAGAGUAAUCUAGACUGAAAAGUCUCAUGUUGGGAUAUACUAAACUGAAAUCGAAAUUUCUUGGCCUUAAAUCUAGUUGGAUUAAAGCAGGUACGGCGCCUUUGAUCUGACCACGUCCCAAUGAAAGACUACGUUUAAAGACAGUACGAGCAACGAUGCUUGCUAUUCGAAAAUUUAAUGAAUAAUUCAGUUGUUCUUUCGUUGGAUCUUUUUAUUUGCUCUUAAUAUAAAAUUCGAUGAUUUUCAUUCGUUUAUUCAUCGUUGGUAUUAAAGGUACAAAUUUGUAUAUUCUCCGUUUGUAUAAAAUUUGUAAUAUAAUUGGACCUUCUCGUAGACAAACUUUAAAUAGAAAAUUGUAAUUUUUUUAAAACUUGAUUUCCAUCUCUCGCUACUAAAAUUGUAUAGAUUAUAUUGAAGUAAUACUUACGUUAAAUACUAUUUAACAUAUUGAUGUCGACAUACGUUAAAAAUGUUACUUAACGAAUAUAUUCCAUGAUAGCGUGAUAUUACAUACAAUACCAGUUCGACUUUAUUUUUUAUACGUUGCAUUUAUAACUCGAAGGAAAGUAGGCAAAGAGCGAAGCUCGAUUUUGUAUAUCGAGAACGAAACGUCCACUGACCGAUAUUUCAGAGCGUGAUCGCGAUUAACGCGAUUAGUCAUUGGUGCUAGUUCGACCGCUAUAGAGAGAAACAUAAUAAUUAAUUAUAAUAUAUUAUUAUCAUCGAGGUGUUUUCGAAUUGUUCUCCUUUCCGUUCAUUUUUCUACGAUUUCUUAGGGUAAACAAUGGAUAAGGGAAAAAGCGAAGAAGGGAAGGAUAGAAUAAAAAGAAAAAUGAAAAAAAGAAAGACACAGACGUAUCGCAUAAUAAUCGAAAACGCAUAAUGAAAUUACCGACGACAUCUCGGACGAGGUGCAUCUUUUCCGAACGAGAACGACACAAUUUUGGAUACGCACAAAAGGAUCAUGAGUUUAUUAUUCGAGGUACAAAAUAAGAGAACGACUGUAUUUAACGGCCCGCUAGUUUCGCUUCCUAAUUUAUCGAUAUCUUGCUUGCUGCGCGACCGAGCUUUGUUAUGUAUUUUUAUAAGGACAGAGCUUUCCGAAGACGGUGUACAUCUGUCGAUGUAAUAUAAUUAUAAUAAAUUAAAACCUAUAGAGCCUUCA